AUGUACAGUCUAUGGUCAGGAGCUAGUCAACGUCACCACUUUAUGACUAUCAAACAUCAUUACCCAUAAUUCUUAGCCGCAGGUAACGCUUUGAGAGAGAUGUGGGCUACAUGUCAGCGUUUCUCACGAGUUUUCCUCUGACUUUUCACUCUGAAAAAUCUGUAUUUAAUUCUUUCAGAUUUCCUUAAAAAAAAAAAAAUUCCGACUGGCAACAGACGCUCCUUUGACCUUACGUCAGCUCACAGGAAGUAAACAAAGCUGACCAAACAGCUGACAUCAACACGCUCACGAGACCGCCUACUGAGUGCCGUGACAGCUCGUGCAGGUGAUAAAUGUAUUUCUUGUAAUUGAAAAAAUAAUUCUGGAAAUGAAUCUGCUUUUUAUGCUAUGGUUAUGCUCUACCUCUGCGGCUGGGUGAUCCAUCAUAUUUUAACAGCUAGCUAAACUGUUGAUGUAUGUCAGACUUAGCCUAAUGCUAAUGUUACACACUUAACAAUUUCAACAUAAAUGCUUAUUUACAAAGUAUAACACACAAAGAGCACCUUGAACGAAUCACCGUAAUGAUAAUAUUGUUUCGGCUUCAUGUUGUACCUGUAAAAAACAUUUGGCAGUGAGUACUGGAGCAGUAUCCUCCUCUUGGUGUUACUUUAAAGGUGGAGGAUGUAGGAAAACUGCUGGAGUCGAUCAAUCAUAAAGUUGAUAUUAAGCCGUAAUAUAAUGUGCGAGGUCGGAUAUUGUGAUCCCGAAUUUUCUGCUCUUGUAUGUAAUGAAAUAAUUCAAAUCUUUUUACCACAUGUGUUGUCCGUAGGAGUGGCAUCCCAAGAUAAACAGUGAUAUGUCAGAUUUCUAAAUGGGGUUUGGUUGGGCGUUUCCGCAUCCUGAAGCGAUAACGGCAUACAAGGGCUGACGUCUGUCAAAAGCGCUGCCUUGUACCCAGUAGCCAUCAGAUCUGAUAAAAACAGAUUUAUAAAUGCUAAAUUGGGUGGUAGUUAGUAGUGCAUUGCCGACUAACGUCAGAUAGUACUUGUUUUUAAAUAUGUGGUUGAAAAAUGAUAAAUUAGGUCAAUUUAGAUGAAUUUCCUUAUGAUUUAUAAUAUGCCGCGCUUACUUCCAUAUUUAUUUACACUUUCCUCUGACUAUACAAGUAUCCAAUCCUGAUAGUAUUCUCGUUUGCUUUUGUUUUAAAAGGUGUGAUGUUAAUCUGGUAUCCAUGAUCUCUACAUCGGAUCCUGACGGUGUCCAGCCGCAGACCAAGCCCCCCAGUGCCAUGUCUGAGGUGCUGGGACAGAGGAGCUUGUUAGGCGUUGGGGUGUUGUUGGCAUGGCUGGUGCUUUUUCACCUACUGGUCAAUAUCUGGCUGCUGUGCGUGUUUACCAGCCUGUUGGUGGUGCUAGGCGGCUGGUUGGGCUCGCAAGCAGUCCUGGAGUCAGACAGUGUGAUUCACCUGGAAAGGUUCAUCAAAUUUGAACAGGUAAAUUUACACUGCAGCUGUUAAUACUGCUUAUCAUCUUCACUUUUUAAGAUAACACAAAGCUCAAACUAAUUUUGUUAUUGUUAAAUUAUAGGUUCGGCCUUCUGUGGAGGAUGAACGUGAUUUGGACCAGGAGAUCCACAAUACAGUGAGAAAAAUCAUCAGGGACUUCGUGACCUCCUGGUACUCCACUGUGUCGUCAGAGAGCCGGUUUGAAAUGGAGAUUCAGGAUGCCAUGAUCUCUAUGGCCAUGGAGCUGAAAAUGCGCGCAAGGCAGGUGGACAGGAUGGUAUGUAGACCUUAAAGACACCAGUGUUUGGAUGGUUGUUGUUACUUGGUAUGCCUGUACUUUGAUCAGACAAAGUACAGCAUUUAGCUAGGUAGAGUGGAAAGGAAAAACUUGUAACCGUAACCUCGAGCAGAACCAGAUUCAUGACUUGAUACAGGGAUUUGAGAGGGGAGAUAUGGAAAGGGGAUGGACAGAGAUGGCUGGUGACAUUGCCAAAAAUAAUACAAUAAGUAUGUUUACCGGUUACAGUCACAGCAUGUUAUUUAUAAUAGACUAAUUUUAGUUUAAUUUAUAGCAAUUGAAGUCAACAGGUCUAGAUCAAAGAUUUUGACCUAUCCCUAUUCAGUACAGAACAGCUAAUUUAAACUAAAUCUCUAAGAAAAACAAGAAAUUUGCACAAAUAAACUCAGAAUGAAGUAACUGCUAUGACAGAAACCAUGACUGAGAAUCCCUUUUUUGCGUGUAAUAUGAUUUUCAAGUUUGACCAUGUCCCAUCUGUUUUAGUGUUUUAAGGAUCAUUAUCAGGGUUGCUUGAGACAGGGCUGAGACAGACAAUCUUCAAGUGGAUAUUUUCUAAACCCCGCAGGAGCUGACCCAGAGGAUCCUGGAUCUGUUCGGCUGCCACCUUCAGGACUACAUCCGAGCCAAGGAGCUGGUGUCCGAGCAGCAGAAGCCUCUGACAUCAAAGUGGAGCCACGAGAGUGAGCUGUGGAAAGCUUACUGCAAGGUCACCAUGCCUCACCUCGCUAUGACCAGCGAAACAGUGGAAGUAAACCACGCCAGAGCAGUUGUAGACUUGUUGCUGCAUGUUUUGGUGCCUCCACCGCAUUUGGAGACCCGCACUGGGCGCUUCGUUGUUGGAGAGCUCAUCACCUGUAAUGUUAUUCUCCCUCUGAUUGCCAAGCUGUCAGACCCCGACUGGUUAAACUUUCUGAUAAUUGAAAUAUUCAGCAGGUCCAGCAAACCACAGGAGCCAAUAAAAACAGAGCUGCAGACCCCAUCCCCGCCAAAACAACUACUGCCACCUGCUGAAUCAGAGCUCUUUCCACAAGCAGAGGCACCUCAAAAGAUCAAUGAACUCACUCCAGUCAGAGCCACGACGGAAAUAUUUAACCACACAGGUACAGCCUCGUCUGAACUUGGGUACGAUGUGGUUGACUCAGAGGAGGUUGAAUGUGCACAGAGCAUCGCCGACGAAGAGGAACCUUCUCAAACUUUUUUGAGGCAUUACAUGAGAGGAAGCAAAUCAAACCCAUUUUACCAGGAGAACGACUCUGAUCUGGACUCUCCCUCGGUGGACUACAAACAAAGCUCCAUAGAUUCUCUGGUUAUGGUAGGCCAAGAGGAGGGUCUGUAUCACAUACACAAAGACUCCGUCUCAUCAGCUGAGAACAGUGUGGACCAAGAGGAUGUCUGUCUAAGCCCGGUGGAUUCCUCCUGCCCUAAAGUCCUGGUGAAUUCACAGCCGGUAGAGCAUCCGAACAGCUGCAGCCCCUCACCUGUUCGAGCAAGAGACGGGACCGCAAGCAACAACAGCAGCCAAGAUCUAGAGAGGGAGGCUCCUUCAGUCAGUCCAGCCAGAGAUCUCCUCCUGAGUGUGGAACAGGGGGGGUUAGGGAACUCCACGGAGCUGACUGAAGUGAGUCCGCUGCAGGCCUCAUCCCCUAUGCCUGCGUUCAGUUUUGAGCCCCUCAGUAGCCCAGAUGGACCAGUCAUCAUCCAGAACCUCCGCAUCACCGGGACCAUCACUGCGAAGGAGCACCGUGGCACUGGCUCACAUCCUUACACCCUUUACACCAUCAAAGUAAGAGGAUGAAACAACCUGUAUCUGUUUCUUCUGCUUAAGUUUAUGAUUUGUUCAUUCAAUUAUUUAGUAUUUAGCAUUUACUGCCAUACACAUCAGCAAUAUCAUUUUGCAGUUCAUCCAUUCUGUAGUGAGCGCAUCUGUUUGCACUUAGCUCUAUAACAGACUAAAAUCUCCAACCUAUUUCAUAAAUCCAAUACAAACUUAAUUGCAACAAUAAAGGAUACAGCGUUAUGUUUUAUAUGCCAACUUUAUGGGGAAAAUCACAACACCACAGUAUGUUUCAAAGUGCUAGAACUGUGACUGUGGUCCUGUAGGUCCAUGUGAAAGGAUUUUUUGUGCAUCACUGAAGUGGACAAAGUUUAUCUUGAACUCGGUAUUGUCAGUCUCUCUGAAUGUCUUUUCUUGUUUUCUUGGUGAAAUGAUCCUUUUUAAUAAUCAGGGUCCAGUUUAACACAAGUUAUCGUACCAGAUUAAAGCCGUUGGAUUGGGGUAAGUGUAGAGAUUGUUUGGUAUUUCAUUUAUAGCACCAGUAAUCCAGAUUUAGUUAGUGUAGCUUUUCCUAGCAAAACAGCGCUGGAGAGCUGGAAUUCCUGAUCCUGGAUAGAACAAGUGGAUUUCUGUUUUUGGAUCCCUCUUAGCCAGAGUAAAUUUAGCAUGAAAUGUAGUGAGAAAUUAACAACAUUUAUGUGUAAUCCUGUGUGUAGUACUAUUAUGUAACCAAACAAAGGUAAGGAAGUUGAACCAGCUUUGUGUCUACUUUUGUCCCCUCUGUGUCUUUUUUGGAUAUUGGCUUCUUAAACAAGCUUUUUGUCACUUUUAAGCAUUUUCUCAGUAAAUCAAAAGUACAAAGAUGUGGAUUUGUGUAAAAAAAAAGUUAGUGUAGAACCUUGAAUGAAAUUAAACAAAGAAACUAGCACAGAUUUUAACUGCUUGGCAGAAAAAUAUGGAUGUUUUUCAUUUAGUUAGACAUCUAAAAAAGGCACUAGGGAGAAUGGGACAACAUUUACUUUCAGAGCAUCAGAAACUGUCUUUUUGGUCCCUCGAUGCUUGCAGAAUGUUGUUGUAUAGUUUUGUGUAGUAUAACAAUGUUUUGCCUGCAUCAAAUUUACAGUGAGCAUGUUUUAAAACAGUGGAAAUUUCAGCUUCAGCGGUUAAUAUGUUGCCUUUGCCUUUUUUAAAAUUAGAUACUGGGUUUGAAUUAUUUGCAAACCAUCAAAUUCCAUUUUUUUUAUCAACAUUUAAGUCAGUGUCUCAUCAUUUCUUUAAACUAGAGGUUGUAGAAUCAGGCCAAAAGACUUUGACUGGCUUUGUAUAUUUAUGACUGUCAUCUGAAAAUCCUGUCAAGCUCUAAGCUACAUCCUGUUGUUUUCAGUAUGAGACAGUGGUGAGUUUCGAGCACCCAGGAGGCCUCCAGUCUAGUCUUGAAGAGGGAGAUGUUGUACCGUCAGUGUGUGAGAACCCGUCAGCCGUUCAGCCGGUCGCUUAUCACAUGGUCAACAGACGAUACAGCGAGUUCCUCAACCUACAGACACGACUGGAAGAAAAAACAGACCUUCGGAAACUCAUUAAAGGUUUGAAGAAUUAUCAGUUUACAGAUUAUUUGAGUCGUCAUUUGUAAUCCAGAGUUGGUAUUUGAAGCACCAGUGUGCCCAGUGGCAUAGUUCGCUUUAGUCUCGUUUGGAAAAAUCAAUGCAUGGCCCACAAACAGACUUGGAUUUGUAGUUGAAUUCUUGGCUAUUGAUUAAAGAUCCAGUUUGAUUGCUGUUUGGUACCGGAGCCAAAAGUCAGGCUUUAUUGUAAUCUGAUUUAUGUUGUGCCUUAGGUGUAAAAGGUCCAAAGAAAAUAUUUCCAGACAUGCCAUUUGGAAACAUGGACAGUGACAAGAUAGAGGCCAGGAAAGGACUCCUGGAGACUUUUCUCAAGGUAAGAGAAUCCAUAUUGAUUUCACUGCUUUUAAACUUUAGAUUAUAUUUUAUUUAGCUUUUUUAUCCCUGAGGUUGUGAAUAAGAAACUUGUUCUCUAUUUUAGCAACUUUGUGCUAUCUGUGAAAUCGCAAACAGCGAGGAGAUGCAGGAGUUUCUGGCUCUUAACACGGAUGCAAGGAUCGCCUUUGUGAAGAAACCUCUUAUUGUGUCUCGCAUAGACAAGGUUUGAUACCGAAUAUUUCAGAGUGCAAAAAAAUAGCAAACAUACUUGCAUGUGUUUUUGUAAAAACCCUAAACAUAAAAAAAACAGCAUGUUAGUUUUGCGAUGUGAUGCAGUGAUUGUGUGUGUAGAUCGUGAUGAACGCCAUUGUGGACACCCUGAAGACGGCGUUCCCUCGUUCAGAGCCUCAGAGCCCCACUGAGGACAAUGAGGGGGAUGUUGAUGGAUUAAAAAUCGGCGGUGACAAGAAGAGCAAGUAAGACGCAGGAAUUUUACACUAAUAUUUAUCCAAACUUUGUAUGAUGGAAACACAAUCCCCCAUACUGAGAAUCAGAGGACUAUCUCUGGUGAGUUGUCCCUGUUUGACCUCCAGUGUGAGUCCAGCUGUCAGAGCCAGCUUAAGUCCUCUGUAGCUGUUUGCCAGGUUGGUUGUGUGUUUUCACAAACAAUACUGGCAGGCAAACAAACCUCAAGGAACAUUUAGUUGCUGCUCAGAAAUGUUCAGAUAAUUUCGCAUGAUCUUCGUUGGCAGAUGAAGUUUGGAAUGUUGUUUCAGUUUUGUUCCAAGUUUCCAUUUUACUGAAAGUUUUGAAGACCACUUCCCCAUGUUGGUAAAAUGUUGUGGUUAAAGGUUAGAAGAGGCAGCAUUGUUUUGAAGGGAGGUUAUACAUAAGAGGUUUCCUGUAAAAACACUGAAUUUAAGGUGGUUUGUCCUGCUUCUGAGAAAGGGUAAUGUGUCUGAUACAAAAGUCUCUGGCUUGCAGUGAGUUGCACAGAUUUUUUUCACCUUUUGUGUCAACCAGCUCCCUUUCACUGUUGUUACAAGGUCAAAUGAGACCCAUGACACCUUGGUAAGGCUCGAUAAGUUAACUCCAGUUGUUUCCUGUCAGGUUAGGAUGUAUGCUCUACCUCCCCCUGAUUCCCAUUUGCAUGAGGAGAGAUAAGAAAGGGGACAUACUUUCUCUAACUUUUGUUUUGGCUCCCUACUCAUUGUUUGUUCUCAUCUUGACUUGCUGGUAUUUCAUUGUCUGAUGUCUCUUGAAGUGUCCUCUGCAAAUACCGUCCACACACUACCUAUUCUCUCAGUAAUCAUGACCAAAAGAGUGAAUUUUUAAUGAACUGCUUUUGUGAUUGAACUUUUUGGAUGAUUUCAGAUCUCGCAUGAAGUUCUCCAGUAAGAACAUCCCCCUCAUGAACGGUUCAGACAUUAAACCAUCUGUUUUGUUCGGUUUGGAGAAAAUCAGCAAAGUAAGUAGCUGAAAUAGUUAAUAUUUUUACUUUUUUUACCAUUUCUAUAGAUUUUUAAGUUUGUUCGCUAUUGCCAUCCUCUUUUCUGUGCACGCACAGGUGUUCAACAGAAUGACUUUAGGAGAUUUGCAAGCCUUUAUCCUUGAGCAAGAAAAAUCAGACUCGGGAGACCAUCAAGGGAGGGAGGACAGUCCAAUGAUUAAAGAAUUUAGAGGCCAUUUGGACUUCAGCUUGAGAAAGAAAAACAUCCGGGACUCUGGUAAGUGCAGGAUGAGGUGAGGGCUCUCUACUCUAACUCAUGUUGGUCAAGUUAUCUAGUAUGUGUGUCAUCUACAAGUGAGAGAAGAAGAAAUGUAGAGACUUGUGGCGUGUUCAUCUGAAACAGUUUCCAAACAAACAACAUGUAGAGUUGCAGAGUUUCGCAGCUCAAGGAAGAAAAUUUAGGAUCACUUCUUCAUGGAAAUGCAUUCAGACCAAGACGCUGAGGCAGAAGAACUACCGCGUCUGCAGUGCCAAAUGAUUGUUAUGAUGACUGUAACUUCAAAGAAAUGAUCCGCUGCACUCGGUGACUGUCUCGUCAGGGCUCCCCCACAAACAAGCGGCUGCUGGAGGAGAGUGGGUGAGUUGUGUUUAGUCUCUUUGCUAAAGAAACCAGGCAAAGCUAAAAAGAUGUUUGGUGGCUAGUACUAAGGCUGGGACUCUAUACUGUUAAUGAAGUUAGGUGCUGUUCUGAGCAUUAUUUGUGGUUAUAGAGUGACUUUUUGGUUGAGGUUUGAACGUGGAGACAUAGACCGCUGUGUAUUGCUAUCAUGCAGUCGUUACUAAAGUUGGUAUAACUAGAGAAGCAAACAGUCGUCAACAUUCAUCUUUCGAGGGGGUGUUACAGUGUGUUUGACCCUAACUUAAUUUUAUGCUGGAAUAUCCCUUUAACCGCCUUGUUUUGUACAGUUAUUUGUUGGUCAGCCAGUUCAUAUGGAGUAAUUGCUGAUGGCUUUGUUGAGGAGAUAUUAUACUAGAAGAAAUCAAAAAGAAGACUGGGUUUUUUAAAAUAUAAUCCCAUCUCCUGUUUUCUCAGCGAAGAUUCAGGGAGUCUGCUCCAUGUUGCUUAUUUUUCUGAUGAAUGAACUGCUUGGGUCAGUGAUCACAGCACAAAGAAUCUCCCUCUGUUGGAAACAUGAAGAUAAACUCACUCAGUGACCGGCUAAUAGUUGAGUUAGCAUCUCAGGCUUUGGUAACUCUGUGUAUGCAAACUGCUCGCUCCUCUUUAGAUCCACUCUGUCUCCAAAUAUUGACACUCAUGACUCCAAAACAGUCAUGUGAUGUAUCUAGUGGAGAUGUGGACUCGACAGAUACAGUGCACUGCAAAGAUGAUAAACUCAGAUACAGAGUCUCCCUCUGGUCCUCCUUAGCUUUUUCCUCCUCCUCCUCCUCAUGGCCCAUCACCUCUCACACCCUCUCUUCCUCUCAGAUUGUCUCCAUCAGUCUUUCAUAUCAGCUCUCACCUCACUUGUGCACUCUGGAGUAUUGUAUAUUGGGGUCAUCACGUCAUUAACUUGGUUCUGCAGCAGAAAGGAAAAUCUAGAAGAACUUGAUCACAUUAUAAUUGGACCAGUCUUGACCUGGGAUAAUACCCUCUCUGCCUCUCACCAUUACUUGUGCACUCAUCAUGCCUGCGUGUCUGACUCACCCCAGCUCGUCUGCUUUCGUUUUCCUUUUUCUUUGAGCAGCUCAUGUUGUGUCUUCCCUCUUUCCUAUCGACUUCAAUCUACUGCUUUCCAUUCAGUCUCCCUGAUUACAGCAAGGCUAUCUGAUUGAAAACAGCCUGCUUUAUACUCCAGUCACUCAUCAGAUUCAUCAGAACAGAUUCAUAUUUUGGCACUUGUCUGUAGCUAAAGGGACAAAACCCCAUGAGUUUGACCUGUUGUGACAGUCUUUUUAUAUUCCCUUAGAGGAACUGAAAGCUUUCAUCAAAGCCCAUUCUCUGACAUGGAAUAAUGUGCUUUGGUGAUGAUAUUAGUGGACCUGAAUGUAAUGGACGAGGUAUUGGCUUUGUUUUAUAGCGAACUCAGCAGGAAAUAAAAAUGGGGAGUCAUGCUUUUUCACGCCAAGCCAAUAUUGUUUUUUUUUUUUUACUUGUUUACUGCAGAACAGCAGCAGUGGUUGCAACAUAAUCCUUGAAGACAUUUGCACAGGAUCCAUGUCCGUCCACACUUCAUACCUCUUCCCCAUAGAAAGACCCAGAUUUUUAUUUCAAGUAUCGGACUACAACUCUUUAUUUCUGUGUCACUUGAGUGUUUCUAAGUGCUUGCUUAAACUCUUACACAGCACAUUAUGAACUAUCUAAUUAAUCAAAUUCGUGUUAGGAUAUCAACUCCUCUUUUCUUUAAAGGAAUUCCGACGUAAAAUAAAGUCAGGGUUAAACACACCGUAACACUGAGUUAGACACCCUCUUGAGAGAUAAAUGUUGCUUGCUGCUCUAGUUUUACCAACUUUAGUAAUGAUCGCACGAUAGCAAUACACAGCGGUCUACCACUCCACGUUCAAACCUCAACCAAAAAGCCACUAUAGCCACACAUAAUGCUCAGAGCAGCACCUAACUUCAUCAACAGUACAUAUAGGGUCCCAGCCAUAGUACUAGCCACCAAACAUCUUUUUAGCUUUGCCUGAUUUCUUUAGGAAAAAGACUAAACACAACUCACCCACUCUCUUCCAGCAGCCGCUUGUUUGUGGGGGAACCGUGACUAGUAGAUCCCCAAGUGAUGGUCACUUAAUUUUACGCUGGAUUAUCCCUUUAAGGUGAAAGUACCACUUAUGUAGAUAAAUGUUGUUGCUUUUGAAAUAAAGUUCUAACAUCUGUUUUGUUGGUUAAAAAAACUCAGUGCUCUUACAUGAAAAAGUUUAUUUUGUAUAAAUCCUUUCCUUGUUUUGUUUUCAGACUCUUAGUUGUAGUUUAAAAAUGUUCACGGAUAUACUUGGAUUUAGCUCAUUUACCCUGAAGGAUUACAUUCUAACCUUUAAAUCCAUUUUUUUGGCUCUGACCUCUGGUCAAAUUACUUUAAUAGUUCUAAAAAUUAUGAACUUAUUCCUCAUUUACUUCAUAAGCUUUAAUCCUGUUGGCUAUCAUCCAAUAACUUUACACCCUCUUGUAGUUUAGGUUGACAUUCUGAGACUUCAGAUGUAGAGAAGUUGGUGAUAAUUUAUGAGAGUGUGAACAUCUCAGAGCGUUGCACAGGAUGUAAAAAUGAUGCUGCACUAAAAAUAUGUUGGUUUGCACUCACACAUGCAGCUCCCCCUUGAAAAAUUCAGAAAACUUUAAGAAAUUUGGUGCAUGUGUACAUGCAUUGUUAGCUGUACUUACAAGCAAUAUUUGCCCAUAUAAUAAAGCUCAGCAGAGGACAAGCUUGCUCCAUACUUAGUGCUUUCUCAUACACAGCCAACACCCUCUGAAAGGCUACUGGAUAAGGCAAACAAGAUCACAACACUUCCAAGACAAAAACAUGUCCCACAUUUUUGAAUUUUUCAUUCUUAUCUGUUUUUUGCUGCUGUAUCGUCAGUCCUUGUAAUUAGGGAUGGUGAUCCCUAAUUACAAGUGAUUACUGGUUUUUAGGAGCUUGCAGUCUAGCUCAAAGAUGCAUAUUGCAGAUUUUUAUUGUUUUAUGGGGCAGUUUUGUCUUCAUCGAUAGGUUGAUUAAAGACAGACAAGAAAUGUGGGGAGUAGAUACUGAGGAAGAUUGAAGUCUCUCUAAACGUCAUUCUUUCUUUUAAUGUUGGUCAUAUUCAUCCUUAUAGGGAAUCCCAUGUCUUGUGUGCGCCUAUCUGCCCUAAUUUGUCCUGUUAUCUGCCCUAUUGCAUAACGCACCCACUCUGCUCCAUCCUCCUCCAUCACAGGAAAAAAUGGAUGAUCACGUCAACGUUAUGUGGAAACUAUCUCAGAUUUUUAGACAUCAGAAUGAGACAUUCCCGGUUUAAUUGAAUCCAAACUGCAUUCUUCCUUGUUAGGCGUCUGGUCAUUGUCGUUCUGAAGGACUCCAGACAGUCAGGGUGAAUGAGGGGUGAAUGGAGCGCCUUUUUCUGACCAGAUGAAAAAUGUUCCAGGUUCACAGCAUAGGGAAAGGUUAUGAUGUAUAGCGUAUGGGUGGUUAUGCAAAUCAGUGCUAUGAAGUAGAGGCUUGUCUCAAAUGUGCCAGUUGAGACUGUACAGUUAAGGUACAGAGUUACAGCGCAGACCAAAACACGUGACAAUUCUCUGAACAUAUGACAAACAUACUGUCAUCAAAUCACAGCAAAAAGCUUUUAAAUGGGUGAAUUAAUUGAUUUAUAACCAAAAAGGCAGACUGUUAUAGUAAAAUAACAGUAUGCCUUUGAUCAGUAUUGACAUAUUAUUUGAAAAAAAAAUUGCAGUCAUAAACUCAGAAUCGUCAGCAUUAAAGGGAGUUUCAAUAAAAUGUCAUCAGACUUCAAUACAUUUUUUUAUCGUGAUAAAAAGCAAUCUGCAUGUAUCAUUUCUUGUCCUGUGAAAACAACAAGUGAGGCUUAAUUCAACAAAAAAGAGCUUUAGUCUGAACAGGCUUCUCGUCCUAGCUUCAAUGUCUUUAUUCUUUUACUUACUAAUGGCAUCCUUCUUAAUCUUCAUUGCUGUCUCUUCUCCUUCCAUUAAAAUGUGGGAGUAAGGGGGAGGCAGAGCGCACAGCCUAACCUGGUGAGAAUGAGAUCUCGCCCUGACAGGCUCCUCAUUCUGACUCUGUCUUCCCUUUGCCCUUUUAUAACAUCUCUUUUCAGAUGUCUGUUUUUUAUCUCUCUAUUUGAUAUUUUUGAGUGUUGGUAUUGUGGUAACUUGGAGCCAGUUACUUUAUUCUCCACACCAGAAACACAUGAAAGUAAUGAUUUUAGACUGCUGAAUAUAGAUGUAGAUAGAAAAGAAAAAAACAACAACCCAGUGUUACUAAAGUUGAACCACUUGAGGGCAGUAUUAGUACGUGUAUGAGGGGAUGCACUGAUGGGAGCACUGAACCUGAUUUUCAUUUGGUGCACGCUGAUCAAAUGUGUCAUUCUGUGACAGAUUAUAAACAUGCAUAAAUGACUGAAAGGGUUUGUAUUUUGAAUGUUGUGUCUGAUUCUUGCCUGAAACAGAGUCAUUGCCCUCCACUGAAUCAUUGUGAGGGUUGUUUCUCAGCAUUUCUUCCGUGUUUUGUCCACAGAAUCUGAGACGGCGCUGGCGGAGGUGGCUCUGAACAUCCUGUGUCUGCUGAUGAGGGAGCAGUGGAGCUGGCUGUGCACUGAGAACAUUCAGAGGACCAUCAGGCUGCUGUUCGGGACGCUUAUCAACAGGUGACAAGCUGCACCACACUGAGAGUCAUGGGAAAUCAUGACUAUAAAAAAAGCAUCAACCUCAGUCCAUUUCAUUCACAUCUUAAACCUAAAUUCUCGCUUUAGCUGAUAAAAACUUUUACAUUUUAUUCAUUUCUCUCAGUCAAAAUGUUUGCGUCCUCUGAAGUCAUUCAUUUAGCCAAUCAGGAACUGGCAUGAAAAUUAUACCAACCUGCAAGAUUUCAGUCUAAUAAGAGUUAAAGUUGUAAUAUAGAGAAAUGAGAAGCACACUGGGGUAAAUACUAUAAUGGGUUUUGAAUGUCUGAUGGCCCAUCACUAUCAUAGUUAUCUUGUUGUGUUGAUAAAUAGAAAACAUACAUGAGUGGACUCAGAUUGCUCCUGUAUUUACAGAAAUAUUCCAGUCACUUGAAUGAAAUGUGAAAACUGUUUUAAUUUAUACACAUUUUAUUGUUAUUUCUUCCUGAGUUGAAAUGACACCCCUUACAUGUACUUUGGUGUGGAUACCACCAACUCUCUGCAGGCAAUAAAAAUGUAGCUGUUGGUCCUGCUGUCAGUAGAGCAGGUGGUUUUUGGAGAGAAGCUUGUUUGCAUGGAAAAUGUCCACUUUAGUCCCAAACAAAUGCAACAUAACAUCUUAUUUCAACCUGCAGAAACACGGAGGCUGCUUUCCCUGCAGUGAGUUUUGGGGAGCGUUUCACCCCUGUGUGUGCCUCAUGAGUUUGACAGUGUCUUUUUAUUUGCAUGGGUUUGAUGAGCACGAAGCAGCACAUUUUUGUAAAACAGGCCUUUUGUUUCUCAGCAGAUCAGCCUCACCGAAGCAGCAGGAAGCUUCAUGCUUGGUGGUUCUGCCAGAGUUGUUGACAUAGAAUAUAGAGAAAUGUGUCCCUUGUCACCUGCUCUCCCCAUCCUUUGUGCUUGGAUAACUUAAAACAACCGGAUCAGGAUGUACCGCUGAUGCCUCCACAACAAUGCAGAUAAAUGUCCCCCUCUUUUAAUAACCAUUCCCUUUGGAUGACUCCUCAAAGUGCUUUUACGAGGGUCUCUGCAGCUAAGAAGCAGUGGAAACUUUGCGCUGCUCGGGGUGUAGACUGAGCCGGGUCAGGACGUGAAUACACAUGGUUCCUCGUGGAGAUUCCACAGAGAGAGCGGUUUAUGAGCUGCAGAGGCCAGUCAUGUACAGCCGUUAAUCAUAAGAGUUGAUAUUUCAGACAAGGCUUGGCUGUCUGGCUUUGCAGUGGUCCGUGUUUUACAAAGACAGGAGCAUCCCUUGCUGUGCAGUGUACCUUUACACCACUUCACAAAUGGAGUUGUGUAAUAAAUUGGCUUUAUCAGUUCGGUCUAAUUCAUGAUUAAGCCUGCAUGACAUGAAAGGGCGCUUGUUGUGUAAUAACAUUUCUUUGUUUCUCUCAUCAGAUUAAACACAAACUUUAAAAACUAUGUGCUUAGAGAAGGCAUUUCUUACUUUUGGAUCAGUGUCAAGUCUUUUCACUAUUACAUUUGUUGUUAAGAGUCUACGUGCAAACAUGCAUGCCUGCACUAUUUGGCUCAGAAGAGAAUACUUGACUGACAUCAACUCCUCAAACAUUUGUCACAGAUAGGUAUAGCUCCAGCUGCCAGUAAACCCAACAUGCAGACAAUGUUCUCAGGUUCUGAUGUUUGUGCUCUUGGUACUGUGACCUCACGUUCCCCAGGGUGCCAGUACCAGAAUAUAGUUUGUUCAUAUUGAUACCAGGGGUCGCCUAUUUUAAGGAGUUCCACCGGCCCGAGCACGAAAGGCCUUGUGCUUUUGUUUGGCCUCGUCUAAAUUUGGCGGCGGUCUGUCAGCAUCACAGUGACAGCUCUCCGAGUGGCAGGUAUCUCCUCUCAUCAGCUGGUUUCUCUGUGCAAAAGGGGGGAGAUGCUCUGGUUUCAAUCUGAUGAUGAAGAUGGAAACAAAACAUGAAACUGUGUACUGAAGACAGUGCAAAUGGAAGAUAUUAAAACAGGGGUGAACAAAGAUUACCAAAUUGAAUGUAUUGUGGAAAAGCCUUCAAAACUUGCUUUAUUGUAUAAAAACCUUGCUUAAAGGAUCUUCUACUGAUGGGGAAAACUGAUUAAAGAGCAAUGUUUAUGCUGAGUUAAAAUUGUUAGCGUGUGUCCGAGUAAACAGUCACAGCCAUGACCUUUGGGCUUGAGCCAGGAUUUACUGAUCGUUACCAGAAGUAUGCUCAAGUAUUUUGGGACGAACUCUGUCUGAUUAAGAGAUACAAAAGACAAAGAUGUACCGGUUUUAGUUUGCAUUCCCAGCUAAGCCCCAAAGCUCCUCUGAACCAUAUUUUUAGCCAUGCUGGCAGGCCGCUGUGGUCUAGACUGAAAUAUUGAUUCAACAACAAUAAAAUUUAGAACAGACACAACACCAGAGGAUAAUUCAUGAUGGCUUUUUGCCCUCCCUUAUUUUCCAUCAGGUGCUGCCACCUAGUUGAAAUUCUAAAGGGCUUAAUCUUCGGUUUAAAUAUCUGCUAAAUGCAUGCCGGUUUCCUAACCCAAGAGGGCCUACAUAGUAAACUCUAUAUCCGCAAGCUAGCAUUUAUUGUUCACGUGUUAGCAUGUUGUUGUUUAGCAUUUUGCUUAAUUUAACGUACGUGAACAGGUGGCUCUGUAAAUCUGCAAUAUUUCUGGGUUAAUAUGUUCAUGUAGCUCAGCUCAUCUUGCUUAAUAUCUUGUGGGUUUGCAGCUUCAACUUAAAGGGAUAGUUCAGUUAUUUGUAGGGCUGAAAAACCUGAAAUUUUCCACCAAAAUUCGAGUAAUUGUGGGUGGGGGUGUUCCGAUUCUGAUGGCAAACCCUUCUGCGGCGGGACUGAGUGCAACUCAGCGUGAAAAUAUACUGAUAUCAGUACAAGAAGGCAAUUAAACUCAAAAGGCAAAAAUAUAGAUAUUCAGCAAACCACUGGAUGUUGAUUAACGUGGACACUCUUCAACCUUACUGUCUCCAGCCUUUCUCCAGUGGGUUGGGCAAAUCCAAAAUGGUGAAAACAAGGGGGUGUUCUGAGAAAGGCUGUUACCUGUGACACAGGGGUGCUCUGAAAACACCACCACAAGCACUUGGUAUGUUCCUCCUGAUGAAAUUAACCUUAGCCUGUAAAUUGACAUAGAAAAAAAUUGAGUCAACUCAGCAUGUGUUGACCAAUAAGUCGAACAGUUGACGAGGACUUUACAGCCCUAGUCAUUUAAGGUCCUAAAUGAUUUAGUCAGAGGGGAUGCUGGUUUGGCCCCUUUGUUAUAAACUAAAACAGAGGCGGAGGUUAUUAACCUCUGCAGCUCUACUGGGUACUUCAGUCACUUUUAACAAACUGCCGUACUCUCAGAGAAAGUGAACGCUCUGUAUGGAAAAUGGUUGGUGUUUCUCUUUGUGUGCCGAUCAGCUGUCAAGGUUUACAGGCUUUAAAAGAGAUAACAUACAACUGAGCAAACCCAUAACUGAAUCUGUCAAUGACGAUGACAUGAUGUUUACCUGGUAUCAACAGCAUAUUGGGGCCCUUUGGAUCAAAAGAUAAAAGCAGCUCACACAUGGAUGGAGUCUCCAUACUUUCCUGUUGUACUGUUCCCUGGUGUUUUUACUCGCUUUCUUCAUUAUUCAGGAGUGCUUUUGCAGAACCACAGCGUAAAAAUGACUCCUGUUAAGUUAGCUGACUCUGCUUGAGAGCUAAAACUCAGCCACUCUCUUAAUUUCUUGUGAGUGUCCAUUUUCUUGGCCGGAUGAGACACUGAGAGACGUUAAACACAGAAGAAAUGAACUCAGUAGAGAUUAAUAUCCUCAUUUCCACUUUAUCCUCAAGGCACCACUUUGGGCUGACUUUGGCUUUUCUGAACCAUCUAUCCUAUAAAUGAAAGCACAGGAGAAAGUAUGGCACAUCAAGCAGUUAUAUACACAGAAAUGCUGAAUCAACUUAGAUCUAACUCUGUAUUAAUGGGAUUAUUUUUUCCCCUCGUUUUAGGCAGUUCCUCUUAUUGUACACUGAUCCACAAAGUGGUCUAAAAAUCCCGUCUGGACAUUUUUUAAGGAACUGGCAGUGUAAACCAAGAGCGGUGUAGUGUUGUCAAAGAUUCUGACAGCUGUUCAGUCAGACAUGUGAGAGGCAGCCGACAGCGGGAACCGUUCCCGUGCCCGUCUUCAGCUGUAGUGAAUGCAUGUCUGUCAAAAUUUGGAGUUGUGAGCGCACACAGAAGGAGUGUGUUUGUGGGAGAUGAAACCAGGAUCCAGCAGACCAAAUCUGGGUCUGUGUAUGUCAGUGUGAGUGUGUGUGUGUGUGUGUCAGAGAGGGAGAGAAUGGUCUGGCUGGAAAAGCCGGCUCUCUGCUCCUAUAAAUGGGGUCCAAGGCGAGGCGCUGGUUUGGGAGAUGUCUGAUUUUUAUGGACUGGAAAGUGGGACAGUUCAAAAUGAAUAUAGUCUCUUUCUCUAAGGCUCUAGCCUGGAUGGAAAAUUCAUCUGGGGCCAGAUUGUUGUCAGUACCCACAUGUAGUGUAGAUGUAGCAGAGUGUGGCCACUUCAGGAGUAUUUGUCAGGAUUUUCCAUGUUCUUUUUGGAUGGAUGUGUCUGUAAACAUAAUGCUUCCUUUAUUCCCCUAAUAAAUGCUUUGUAAACUCAUGGACUGCUUAAAAUAAGUGGAAGGAGAUAAAAUGAAAUCACCCAUGGGCUAUUUGGCUACUGUGCUGAAGUUUGGUAUUUUGGAUGUCGUCACUUUGUGGUGUAAAAAGUCAGAAGUGACCAGGUUUGUGUAAGAGGAUUAUGGUGGACAAAAACAGGGGCGGUAAGUUGAGUCUUUUUUUUAAACCAUAAAUUGGCCCAUUAUUACCAAAAUGAGCAUCAUGUUGAUCAAAGAAACUUAAACCACCAACUGAGACCAUAAACUCAUGAGAAAAGUGUGAACUGAGGCAGUCAAACAAAUAUGAUGCAGAGUGAAUUUGUAAUUGGCUUAUACAAACUGAGGCCACUGUCACGCACAAACAGAUAUUCUUGAAAACAGAUUUUCUUUUCUCUCCAUUUUGAACUCCUGCAAUGAACUUUUGGUUCAUGUCAGCUUGUCUCUGGUCUUUCAAUGGGGGGAAAUGGAAAAACAGGCUUUUGUUUAUCAGCAGCUCCACUUACACCUACCUGCCUGCAACAGUUACUUCUUUGUCAGCACAAUAAUGCAAAUAUAAUUGAAAAUGUCUACAAACCAGACCAGCAGGUGGUAAUAAUAUGUUAUCAGUCUGUCAUAUCAAACACCAUGGAAGAACAUGGCCAUGCUAUUUGAGCGUCUUCUCGAGCGAGCAGUGUUUUUUAAACUGUGCAAAGACAGUAUAUUGAGCAUAACACAUGAAUUCACCUUCCCUCCGCAGUAUCAUGACGAACAGCUAAGUUCCCUUUUGAAGAAGCAAAUAAACCAAACAGUAGGGAGCAGACAUAAACACACUGGUAGACCGCCAUCUUGGAUUUAUAGAACAUAUGGGACACAUAUAAACAACAACAGCCAUGCACAAGUUGAGGUAGUGGUGUUAAAUCCUCUGUUUUUAGCUCUCCUUGUGAAUAGUGAAAAAUAGGAGUUUAAAAACAUCCCCUCUGGGUAGGGUUCUUAUAAAACCUCUGUUUUCAGUGGCAAGGGGCUCAAAUCAAGAAGAAAAUUAGGCCGUAGGCUUCUUUUGAAACAAGUGGGAAAGCUCCUGAGUGCAGUUUAAGGCUCAUUUGCAUUUGAUGAACACGUGAAACGAAGCGUAUUUAUCUAAAAAGUUUAUAAGUAAGUACUUAUUAGUUAUAAUAUGCUAAUAUCUAAUAACUUUUAAGCAGAACACUGUACUAAAAUAGACGUUAUGGGUGUUCACAAGCUUUAAAGAUGGAACCGUUGGAGCUCCCCCUACUGACGGUUUCUGUAUGGGUCAAUAAGUCUGCCUCCUUCAUUUUAGGAGAUGGGACCUGGUUAAAACCCUCCAAAUAUAAAAAUUAUUAAAGGUUUUUAAAGUUAGCUCUUAUGCUGAUUGAUAAAUAACCAGUUAUUCACAUUUCUCAGAAGUUUGGUUUCAAUAAGUUCCCGCUCUGUGGACCAAUGAGAGGAACACGGGCAAAAGAACAACUGAAAUUUCCAUAAAGAGUAAAUAAGAGUCUGCUUCAAAGCAACACAAGAAUCUGUUCUACUGUGGACUAUCCUAAUGUGUCAGCACCCUUCGAGAUGGUAUUAUGGCUUUACAGCUCAAAAUGAGCGGAGCAUGGAAGCUUUGAGUUGAUAUUAAUGUACAAUCAAUGAACCAGAACCAUUGCACUCAUUUCAAUAUCCUCUGGCUGGUCUUCAAGACUUCAUGACAUACUCGACCUCCUGGCCUUAUAUGAGCCGGUAUUCAGCCUCACAUUCUCCGGCUGAGUUCUUUUAUUUGUCCUGAAGCACAUCUGCAGAUGAGCUGUGAUGGAGCGAUUACGGUUUAAGUCUGAAUCUGUGGAACCAAAUCAGGUCAGCGGAUUCAAGGAUCGCUUUAAAAUCUUCUCCCAAAAAGCUUUUCUUGGAGAUGUUUCUUUGACUUCGCUUGACUUGACUGACGGCACUUUUAACUUUGACUUGAACUUUUUUAUUCACCUUGUUCAGUUUUGUUUUAUUCAUUCAGCCCAUUUUGUAAUAUGAGUUCUGGGAAGUGCUGCAGAAAACAGGAUGAUCAUAAUAACUAACAUUAAGUAUUACACACAAGAGCCAAAUGUGAUUUAUUCUGGCCCUAGAAACAUGAGAAGUAACUUAAUAAUUACAGAUUGCAGGUGUUAAGGUUUUUUUUUUUAUUUUUUGCAUUAAACAGCUUUAAAUUCCUCCUUUCAGACUCAAUCAGACAAUAUCGGUUGUUAUCGUGUGGUGCAGAAAGUAGGUCAGUGGUGUUGAUGAUACAGAAUAAUGAUUGUAAUUCAUCAAAUUGCAUCAAGUGUUUUCAGAUUGUCUCGGCAAGCUGUUCUGCCUGAGGUCAGUGACUCAGAUCAAGUGUGGCAUAUUUCCACUAAGAGUCCAGAGGACUGCUGAUGGACUGACACUUUCACCUCCACAUGCAAAAAGGAAGGACAGGUGUGUUUUGUCAGUGCACCUGUGUAACCAUGCAGGUACUGGCCAGUCUUUUCUGGGUCUCCAGGAGGCUACUUGCAGGUCUAAGGGGCUUUUUUGUAAGUUAACAACACGUCUCAUAACACCAAACUUCAUCCGGCACCUCUGCUCUGCCAGACCAGCCCUGCACCUGUCGAACAACGACAUGAUUCUUUUAUUUUUACUCCCUAAUGUGACAUAUUAAUACUUUCAUAAACAGUUCAAAUGGUGCCACAAGCCCUCGUUGACAGCUUGAUGAUGGAGGUGAGGAUGAAGGGCAGCACAGCGGAUUUGGAGCUUGUCAACAGUCGUAACAGUGAAUGCUCUCACUCUCUAAAUCUCUCUCUCCCUCUCUCCUCUACACGGUUAAUUAACACCCAGGGAUCUCUCAUCUGACACACUGAGGCCUGCUUGGGUUUCACCAGCGGUGAGCAGCAAGUUGUUUGGCUUCAGGGAAAGUGGUUUCUGUCUCAGUCACGGCUGGGCUAUUUAGCUCGUGACCACAUUGUGGCAUUUGGAAAGAACUCUGAAGAUGUGGUCAAAACUACAACUUUAACAAAAUAUAUAGCUUUGGCUUUUCUAAGUAGUCUAUUUCAUUCAGCGUGAGUCCACUUGCAUGCUGUUUUGUAAUUGUUUUUCAAGUUUGAGAGCUGGCUGUUUGCCUCUAAAUGCAGAGGGUUUGCACACACUGCAGGCAGGUGAUUUUCCUCAGAGAUCUGGAGCACACUGUGUCCAAGAACAACAGGCCUGAAUGUUAAUGUGGUUACUGAAGGCGCUUAUAAUGCAAUGUUUUUGUAGAGCUGGACCCAAUAUGGGGUUUUUGAGACCUAACCUUUUUCAGAGGUGAAAAACUCAGAAGUGACUGCUAAAGGGUGGUGUUAAAGUUAAAAAACAGGCUUUUAUUGGUGUACGCUAAAAUAUUAUUAUUUUUAUUGAGCUUAAAAACUACAUUUUACAUGUUUUACUUUCACUUUUGGACUCCAUACACAGCUUAAAGAUGAAGAUCCCUGUCAGACUUGGUCUCAUAGCACCAUACACUUGAUGGGUUUUGGAAGGGGUCGCACACGCAGGAGAGGGAGGUGGCUGUUUCUGUGUUUCUGUCACUCACAUCAUGCAUUGAAAUGUGUCUGAUUUGAUGUGCCUUGCCAGCUAAUGGAUCCCUGAAUUUUCAUUGGGAUCAAUUAAGUACCUCCCUCCCUCCCUUUCUACCUCCCUCUGUUUCCAAGGUUGACAAGGUUCAACUGUGAUAGUCCAAUAUCAGCCAUCAGUAAAGGAAAAAAUGAUAUUGCUGUUGGGUUCUUGUCAGAACUGUCUACUUUCAGCCUGUUCAAGUUGCUGUUGACAUAAAAAAAACUCAGGAAGAAAAACACGUCAGAAAUCUGAAAUGUUUACUUUCUGCUCCUGGGUGUUACAGCGUUAUUCAAAGCAGGAUUAAGAAAUAAAAUGUGACAAACUUAAAUACAAAAUAAACUAAUACCCAACACAGUUUGGCAUUGCUGGAAUCAGUCAUCAAUGUUGAAUGGUUCUGGCGGUUCAAUUUUAUUCCUUUUUUCCAGGCACAGUUUGCAACGGCUGCAUGUGGAAGUGUCUCUGGAAGUCAUUGGACAGACCUGUGACCAAUCAGAGCAGCUAAUGUGUGACAGAGCGCAAAGCAACAAAAAAUGUGGAGAGACCUACGCUUACCAAUGAACAUGCACCCCAUUAAUUCUUGAUUUUAAUGGAAAUACAUCAUCCACUUUAUUGAAAGUGGCUGUGAUAACAGAUUUAAGUGACCCCCUGUGGCGGUAGAGCUGUCUCGGUUAUUUGUGCGGGGCAUAGGCUGUGUGAUUUGAAGUCUAUUGUUUUUUUUCUAACUCUUUUCAUUUUACUUUUUCCAAUAUGACAUCAAACACCAGUGGUGGUCUGUAAAAGAUUAAGUGUAGUUACCAUAGGCUGCAUAUACUAUGAACAACUUGGUUCCAUCAUUAUACAAAUUUGAAGCCGAUAUUGCUUUCGGUAUUUCUAGUUUUUUUUUCUCCUCCUGGAACCACUACUUGUGCAGUAGCAUUGUACGCAUUCAGCGGGGGAGUUGCCGAGAGUCGCUGUGAUGACACUCAGCUAAAACAGCGUAUCCCCCGGGUGAGCUGUGCAAUUGUCGUACGCCCAUUGGCUGCAGCAAGUGUCAAUCAGAGGAAACAUGAACCCCCUAAAAACUUUUAAAAAUGGUAAUGGAAAAAUUUAUAUUCUGUUUAAUAAAUUUCUAAAGUCUGUCCACAGCUCCAUAGGGAUUGCUGGAGGAGGUGGGAUUUAUGACCUAUACUGCAGCCCGUCACCAGAGGGUGCUGUUCUUGUGGCGGCUUCACCCAGCGAGGAGGCAGACGGCGUCCACGCUAUAUACUUUCUAUGUUUGUUACCAAACAGUGCCAGAAACAAUUACCAGCCCUCCUGCUCAAACAUCCCCCAGCCUAAGUUGCUCAGGUCAGAAUCAGAUAUGGACAGAAUUACAGGCAGUCUUAUGAAAAGAGGUCAAAAUGUAUCUAAGCAGUGUCCUCCUAUAGAUAUGCAGUGCGGUAAGAAGAAGAAAAAUCUACCUUUACUUUUAAAUUGACUGUUGUUCCACUUUUAUUACCCUUCAGAAACCCUCCUUGCCUGUUAUUUAUCCUCACACAGGCCGCAAUCCUCACCGUGGAGUUUAGGUUAGGACUCCAGUUCGCCCCAUGCUGUCAUGUGUUGAGCAGAUCCAUAUGCAGUGAUGUUUACUCAUGUCAAACGGCCCAUUUAUUCUGCAGUCUACUGCUGCAGGCCUGCUGCCAUCCCCGCCACAGAAAGAAAAUACAGUUCAAUUAAUUGGUUCAGGCAGUCUGGACUAAAAUGACUACAUGUAAGAAUAUGGAUCAGCAGAUAUUAGUGUUAAGAUAUUAUAAGAGAAUAGUCAUAAAGGCUAUUUGUAAUCAUGAUGAGGUGACUUCAGAAGUUGUCGCUCCUAAAAUUGAUUCUUUUGGAUGUUGUGUUUCUUUUGGCUCUACUCCCUGACUCUGCAAGUGUCAGAGUUCAUUUUCUAUCACCACUUAAAAUAACAGAAGACCUCAUACCGUGUAGCUGUCUAAAUGAUUGUCACUGACAGCGAUGUGGUGAAUCCAGAGGCUUAAGGCUUUCUCCUGUGGAUGCGUUGCCAAAAAUGUAGAUCCAGCUUCUCCAGCUCAGGAGGAUUUUUGACAUCCCUGGUUGUUUUUCUACACUGGUGCUGUUCCUUGACAUAUGGGUCCUGGGGGCCAGGCGUUAGGUUUAUAAACAGGAGACCGAGCUUGGAAGCUCCAGGCUUCUGUCAGCGGGAAUUUACUCUCUGUGAGGCUGUGAGUGUGCCGGUGGUCAGACGGUGGGCCGUACAUGACAGAUCUGGUAUUGGAGGGAAAAAUGGGGGGUUGGGUAUGUUGGAUGGAAACGAUGCUUGUUAUGUAACUGCGCAGGCUAUCUAUCAGCCUCUGCCGAGUGGAGGAGGUGUGACAUCCAUGGACAGGCUGUUCCCGAGAAGAGACAAAUUCAGACACACUCCUCGUGGUGGGAUCAGGAUGUCUGAGUGGUUUAUAUCUCACCCUCUGUGUUUGUGUUGGAAGUCUGCCUCGCGUCAUGUCACCAUCACGUUCGCCCGGGGCAUUAUUCCCUUUUUACAUCCACAGACGCUUCUGAAAUAAAAAUAUUAUCUUCUAUUACAGUCUAAUAGUAGUCUGCAGUUGCUUCCAAUUCCUGCAGCCCUAUGUAAUCGUCUCUUGGGGACAUUAUGGGUCAAAUACCUAGGUCACUUCUUGGGAAGGUUAUGAAACACACUUAUCCCCAGCCCUGGAGUGCCAUCAGUUGCAGCUUGCCAGCCUGUGAGUCUGGUUCCCCUUAUUUAGUGUUACUGAGUUAUAGGGACAUCAAAGUCCUCCCUUGGCAGGACAUGAAAGAUAAUACAGCUCAUUAUUGUCCACAUGCUCGAUAAAGUUAGACUUCGGACAAGUGCAGCGCUUUGAAAAGCUGUUAGGAUGUUUGCAAAACGACCUCGCUGAAGUGACCCAAUGGCCUCAUCACAUCUCUGGUGUCUGCUUUCUAAACUCACCUGAGCCUCUGGGCCUGAGAUGUGCCUCCAAAGUCCUUCUUGGUCUCAUACCCCGGCAAUGACAUGUUGUCUGCUGAAAACUGGAUGACGGCCUAUUUUAGUUCAACCUGGUUAUAUUUGUGUGUGUGUUUACCUUAAAAGGAAACUCAGGAGAAAUCCCUGGAGAGUCCAGCACAUGCAUAGUGGGUUUUCCGGGUCAGCUGGUCUUCUAUGUGUCUUUGGAUUCUGUUGCGUCACUGAUUGUUGAUUUGCAGCCAAGAAUUCGAAGCAUCUCUGCUUCAUCUAGAUAGUUGUGUGAGGUUGAUUGUUGGAGAAUGGCCAUGUGGUUGUGCGUUUAAUCAGUUAAUUCUGUCCUUGAGCCUGUGAGUGGAGCUGGAAUUCCUCUUUUAAUGAGUGUGCAGUCGAAGCUAAAAGUGCAUUUAUGUAAGACUUUACUUGAAAAAUAUUGCAAUAUUUGUCAAACUUGCUCUGCUUUGUCGAGAGAAAAAGCUUUCGUAUUGAGAUUGUAAAGAUUCCUAAUGUGUCUCCUCAUGUUCCCGUAGCUGCAGACUAGGGCUGGGCGAUAUGGCCUCAAAUCAAUAUCACGAUAUAUUGAGCAGUUCACCUCGAGCAUUAACUUUGUCUACUUCAGCCGUCGCUCCAGCCGCUACAACUUCUGAACCGUCCUCCAUCUCCUCACCUGUCUUUCCCUCUUUGUUACAGACUGGAAUGUAUUGACAUGGGCAAAAUGACGUUGGUUAUUGUUGUACAUUUUGGAAUCGGUAAAUUUUCGGUUUAUCGCCCAGCCCUACUGCAGACUCAUUGGAGAUUCGCCAAAUCAUCAGUCUAUUGGUCGCCCUAUAUCUGCGCUGGCCCUCUGAAGGUCGAUAUCAUUAUUUUUCCAAAUGAAAAACACGUUUUAAAGUUGAUCAAAUCUAACGUUUAAGAUAUGUUUUGUUUCAUUAUCAAUUUAAGACAAGCACAGUAAUCCGCCAAGCAAAAGUCGCCACUCACCCAGAAUGACACCCAGAAUACUGCUGGAAAUUAUACAUUUUUGCCGAGCAAAUGUACAGACUCAUACUAAAAUGUUCCCUCUAACUCAUCACAUAUUAUCCAGUUGAAGUGUGCGGUAGGGUCUGUAUCUGCAGGCAAUCUGCCCUCUGUCUGUAUUUUCUGAUUCUCUCAUCGUGUGGCUGUGUGGGACAUUUUCUGUGUCAGUCUUCAUACAGAAGUGGAGAACUCACGGCCAAGAGUCGGCUCGUCCAGACUAAAGGGUCCAAUGUAAUGGGCGUUUUAGCUGUUUACUACAUGUUUGUGUUGUUGAUCUGCAGUGUCACAGUUUCUAACAUCUUCAUCUGAGAGUGAACUGAGUGGGUAGGAUGAAGGGUUGAUUGGCUGCCUGGAUAUUUCUUUGUGAGGGGAUGCAGAGGUGGAAAAACACUUAAACAAGAAACUGCCAAGCUAAAUGUUUUGUCUGAUUAACUUUAAAUCUAAUCACAGAGAGGUGACAGUUGAAGGUCUUACCAACCCUUAUUAGUGAGGCUUCCAAGAUUAAUCAAAAACUCUUGUUCAAACUAAAAAGCAAUCGCUGGUUUAUAUGGUCCUGGGACAGCAUUCAAACAUUCAGACAGUAAAUAACUAAGCACUUGGCAUACUUGACUUGUCCACAUGAAGGCACAACCACAAUAAUAUAUGAUGAGGAAGAAUCAUUAAAAGAUUUGAGCAGUUUUCUGUGCAUGCCAAUAAUGGAAUUUUGUUUGCUGCUGAAAAAGGAUUGAAUAUAAGAACAAAAUGUCAGAGUAUGAUGUGUAAAUCAACUUUGACAAACAAAUCCUAAGUCGAGUACAGAAUGAGUUAUUUCUUAGACUUCAAAAGUUCUCAAUGUUAGUUAAUCUUUUCUCAAAUACUGCAAAACUCCAAAUAUCGUCUGUGAUCUCUACAAGCUGGGGUUUGCAUUUUGCUUGAAAUGUCUGGGAUCAAGGACUGAAGAAUAAAAGACACGGAUAAAUCUCUUUAUAAAAUGUUCUUUCUCCAGCUCUUCCUGCGUUUUCCACCUGCUUCUUGUGUAUCUUUGGAAAACUCAAGGGCAAGGCUCGGGAGGAUUUUCCUCCAAGGAUUUCAGUAUGUCACCUGCAAUGUAAACAUUUCCUUCCUGGCAGACCCAACAGAGGAGUCUGAAUAAUCACAACCACAGACAAAAGCAGGCCAGGCCCCUCUGUUCUCUCGUGAGAGCUGCAUGUUUUUCACCUAGGCGGUCUCAGUAGAGCAAAAUCUCUUUCGCUGCUCUCCUUAUAUACUCUUAUAUCUUUACCUUUUUUCCUUAUGACCUGUGCUUUUUGCUUUUACAGAUGUUAAUGCGCUAGAAAAGAAAUCACAAACAUCUGCAAACAGGGCGUUUGUGAAAUUAGCAGGCUGACAAAAGAGACUAGAAGUGACAUUUUCAGCAGGCCUCUCCUGAGGUGACCCACACUUGUGUUUUAAUGUGACUUUAAUAAAGUUACACUUCAUGUUUUGCUGACUUUAAGCCACAAUUAGCCCACAGGCAGAAAAGCAGAACAUUUGUAGGUUGCCCUCCUCCUGCUUGAAAAAUAUCUUUCUGACAGAGCAGGCCUGGAAAACAGCUCUGGUGGUUUUCAUGGUAGCAAUAAUGCUGUGCAGUCUUAAUACUCUACCAGACCACAAUCUCUCGUAUAGAAUUACUUGGCAUUUGUCAGCUCUAAUUGGUUGAAAGCACUCUGCUCUAUGUGUGUGCAUAGACGGUCUAAAUCUGCGUGUGGUUGAAUGAUCCAAAGGGAAAAGUAAUCUUGUUGGUGAUUGCCAUAAGUCUGCAACAGUGAUGACAGCAGGGACUAAGUUCAAUGGAUGUUAUUGUAGCAAAUGCAGGAACCUUGACCUUUUGUUCUUGUGUGUUUUCAUGGUGUUUGUGUGAUUUUUUUUCUUCUUCUUCUGUGUGCUAAAUUUGCAAGUUUGUGCAUCGAUGUGACCCAUACAGAACCAAGACAGUGUUAAACCUCUGUCGGCCAUAUGUGAUUAAAAUCUGGCUCGAGGUUGUAACGUCACAUGUCUGUGUUUUGACCAGCCAUGGGGAUGAAGGCGCCACGACAGUCCUAAUAAAAGUGGACCAUGUGCACACACUCAAACAUACACAGAGGAAGAGAAGUGACCGUAGACGGCAGAGCAGACGGCUGUAAAACUGCACCUUGGCCUGACUCGAGGUGCUGAUGUGAUGAGACCCGAGUCAGAGGCUUGGACUAAAGUGUACGCCUGACUGAGAGCAGACUCAUCACACAGUUUGGUGAAAACUCACUGCUGACAUCUGUGGUGUCAUAAACUGCAGACAAUGAAAGUCUGGUUGCUCUCUUUCUACUUCUGCUGGAAUAAGGUUUUCUGCUCUGAACUUCACUUCUGUGGUAGGAUGAUCCUGACCCAAAUCAGUGUUAUUUGGACACUUGAUUUUCUUGUUUUUGAAGAUUUUUGAACAAACACACAGGCUGCAUAACCACAACACAAAACAUAUAUCAAUACCCCCCCCCUUCCAAAGACUCUUAUAAGAGGAAAAACAGUGUCCUCCUAUGACCAUACCUAGAGUUUACUUUAAGAACAAUAUAUCUGAAUAAUUUAGAUAUAUAGUAAAUAUUAUUAAAUCAUCACCAGGUGAACAAAUCUGUUAAUGAUUGGCAAAGCCUUCAAUAAAGAAAAGACUCAUAGGUCAGGAGUUUUCCUGAUAAUAGUAUCAUUCCUUUUGGGGUAAAGGGGGUCCACUUCACAAAGCGUUGGGUUUUUAUGUUGGGCCCUGGUUUCUUGGCUUACAGAGGACCUGAAAGAGCUGGAGCAAUGCUGAGUAGAGAAAAGGCUUGGGAUCCUUUUGAUUUUCCCCAGAAAGAAAAAACUGCAGGUCAAUUGCAACUAGAGCUGUCCCAGCAUACUUGUAUGGAUGGGAACAGUCUUUAUUGCAUAAUUAGAUAUAAAAUAAGCAAACAGUAAUAUCCUCAGAUUAGGGCUGCACUAUUAUGGCUCAUAAUUGCAGUUGUUUUGAAGAUAUUGAUACCACUGUUAUUAAACAUAGUUACCCAUCAUUUGAUGUCUGCAUCACAUACAUCCAAGCAACCUAAAAAUUUAAGUUUUAUGUACUUCGACUGAAAGGGAUCACGCAUCAGUUAAUCAAUUUGCUUUGACUUAUUGUCAUUGAAAAACUUAAUCAAAUGCCAGCUUUUGUUCUCCUCCUGCUCCUCUCCCUGCUCUCCUCUCUUCACCUGUGGCUUCCUUGAAAAUACAGCGGUCCUCCAUUCAUCUAAGUAGGAGCAGCAACUUCCUCGUGCUCCCAGUCUUUGUUUGACACUGAUCCGAGCUGCCUAUGAUGAUGUGAAAAUAAAAGUGUUUUAGGGGAGGGGCCACGACCUCGCUCUGAUGUUAGAAAAGAGAGGGAUAUGGGACAUAACAGUGGUAACACAGCCAUGUCGUAAAACACUGGAGAGAGGAAGAAGAAGCAGGUGACUGCCAGUGAAUUAGCUCAAAGCAGCUCUCUGAGUGUUGAUUCAGCACUUUUAAAAACUUAAAUUACACAACUUUUUGUUAAUCCCUUUUUCAUCCGAGCAUUUCCUGUUCUAGUCAAAAAGAAGAAAACUGUAACAGAUAUUGCUGAUGUGAAAUACCCAAGGAUGCUUGAACAUGUGCAGAAAAGUAGUUAUAAAAAGCCUCCUGUGCUGGAGAAAAUGAUGUAAGAGGAUUACAAAUAACCUUAUGCUUUCGGGAAACAUGUUGUCUUAGCACUUGUGUUAUUAAAGCCACAAAUAGUGUGUCAUGUAUAAACAGAUGCAGCAUUACUUAUAGUCUGUCCUUUUUAACUCCAGUCGUGACUGUUCUAAACAAGUCUUGGCUGUUAAUGCAGGUUAAUUAACACUUCAUAAUAUCGGUUAACCUCUAAUUUUAUCACUGCACCUUCAACCAAGAAAAGCUGGCUUUGGUGAGCACCUGGCACCGGCUUUAUUUUUUCCACUGUGGUGUUUGUCGUAAAGAGGGAUAAAGAAAAGGGUAAUGUUACUUUUAAAGCUUGAUUAUAAAAUCUGAGAUGUAUCAAGCACUGGGUAGACGUGAUGCACUCCACCAAAUAAACCACUGCUGUUGUAUUACUUUGUUAUUCUAGGACUUGUGCUUAAUCAGUAAAACUUUCUGAGCUUGAAUAGGAGCCACUCUUUUUUUUUAGCCAUAACUCUCUUCAGAGAUGAAAAUUGAAUUAGAUCAUUAGAUUUAAUAUGCACUGAUCAGUGGUUUUAAUCUUGUCCUCUUUACAUGUGUGUCCAAUCUUUUGAAAGCUUUUGGAGAGCUACUUUAAAGCCUCACCUCUGGCAGCACACGUGUCUGCCUGUUUGUGAUGCCUGUUCCCUUCUUUUACAUGUGAUAGCUCGAGGUCCUUGAGCUGUUACAGCUUUUUAUUUAUUGGCUAAUUUGGACACAUUUUCCCACAAAGAAUACUCUGUAUGGCAGGGGACUUUGCGUGCAUAAUUAGGGGUGUCCCAAUGGAUCUUUUUAACUUAAGAUAUGAUACCGAUAUUGUAGGCUUCAGUAUUGUCCGAUACGGAUAUUGAUCCAGUAUUGGCACAAACGUUUGCAUGACAAGUUUUGCACUCAGCUGCAACGUCUUUUUGACUUUCAUGAAAAAUACUGCCACAGGGCUGACAUGACCCCUACUCCUUGGUACUUUGGUACACACUGUUGUUGUGAUUUUGUGGGCUCUACAUGCUGGAUCUGGCUGCUGCUAGAUAGAGGUGCCAGAGCGGAGUCUAGAAUGGACUACUUGUAUCGGAGUGCUGAUAUCGGAGAUUUUAGAUGCAGGCCGAUAUAAUCCGAUAUUCAAGUUUUUGCUGAUAUCGGACCAAUAUCCGAUAUCAAUAUCGUAUUGAGGGCACCCCUAGGUGUUUGACUUCAGGGUGAACUUAACAACAUUUAAAUAGUCAACAUUUAUAUUAAAGGAUCAAAGGUUACUGGCCUCAUGCCACCGCCAGUCUCUCUCUGGUUUGACAUCUAAUCUUAUUGUCUAUGAUUGACUGUCUGCGACUAAAGCUCCUGUGUGGAUCUUUCGGUUUGUGUAAGUUUUGGCGCCCCCUGUGCCCCAAACAGCCUUUGUUUACCUUUCCUCUACAUCCUUAAAUAUACAAAUUCGUCUGACUUUGAUUGUCAGAUUUGUAUCAUAUAUCAGAAAAAAAAUGUUCAAUGUUAAAAAUGUAAAAAAUAGACUUUUUGUCAGCAGCUUUGGAAAAUUGUCACUUCAUGGUCUUGUUUGCUUGUUUAUCAUGAAAAGGCAUCUGUAGGAGUUUCAGUCUAUUUCAUUAAUAUAGAGAAACUCCUUAUUUUAGCUUUAACUGCAAGGCUGCAACUUUAUUCGCUGAGAGUCUUUUCACUGCAUAUUUGGACAAAUUAUGUCUUUUCUUUCUUUAACACUGACAGAAAUGUGUGCUUGUAGUUAAGUGUUGGACACAAACAGAAGACAGGCCUAUCAAUAAAAGUGUUCUUCAUGUAGUUAAAAGCACCUCAUGUUUCACAUUGGAAGAAAAACCUGCAGGAUAAAAUUAGCUUUCCAUUAGUCCCAGACACUUAUCAUUUCAGCCACGCUCUCCUCUUUGAGGAGUCAUGCCAUGUUGUGUUCAAUUUCAGAUUCCCAGCAGGGUCUUCUUUAACUCUGAAAUUCUUCUGUCAUGGUGCACAAAGCUUGGCUCCACAUGACUCUGGUCUGCCCUCACCCUCGUGUCCACAUCAUGAUGGUGAUUCUUCUGAUUGCUAACAGGCCGCUGAUAAACGGUCUCAUCUGUGGAGAUGUAAACACUCUGUGUUGCCCAUGCUCUCCUGCUGUUGUUCUCUCUGAUGUAAGACCAUGUAAGGACAGGGGAACCCGUAGCCUAUAAACAGUGCUAAUUAACAGACGCUUCAGUUCAGUGCCCACCUGGGGUUGAAGGUCAUGCUGAAACAGGUGGAGUAAAGGUGUAUUUCCAUGAAAAAGUGCAGUAUUUAUUAAAGACGCUAAGUAAAUUACAAUUUAAACAGUCUAAAAACCAUUGUACUUACACACUAAAAGAGGAUAUUAUUGGUGUCCCAGAAUUCUAUGAUGAUUGGUUGUAUGUUUGCAUGACGGUGUUUCAUGCUGUGAUUGGCUGUACUGUACAUUAGAGUUCUAGGAAGUUGUUUCCGUGGAUGUAGUUUCUGCAAUCUUAAUUGAAAAAUAAAACAUAGACGGCUUAGAACAGAGUCAGGAGGAGUCCUCAAUAUGUACAGAGUUUAUCACAAUCUGGCUUUGUGAAUGUGGAAUUUUCCUAAAGACAUCUUUUGCAGGUCUUUUCGUGGACAGGCACCAUCAAAUUUGAUGAACAGUUGAGAAUUUUGGCCCCAGAGUCCAGUAUUUCUUGUGUAGUAAUUCUGGUAAGAUCGGCUUGGGGUCCCGUUUGCUUAUGUUUGAUACUACAUCAGUAAAGUCUCUGACAUGCAGCCAGUCCCAAGGUGAAAAUAUUUUCAUGCAACCGUACCCCCAAUCAUCUUGUAGGACAUCACCACUCGACCACCUGAGCACAUCUGGUACCUACAGCAGCUCCAACACUGCUGCAGAUUGUUCCUCUCUUCCCCCUUAUUCUUACCCUCUUUUACUAUCUCUAUGGGCGGAUCAGAGGUGGAACAACAUCUCUCCACCAUUACUCCUCCGUGGGUCGCACAUUGCAGAUAAAAAGGGGCAUGAAUAUGGCUUCAUGUAAGCUCCUUCAGUAUUAAAUCAAUGCAUGGGAACAGUGAGCAUGUUUCGAUCAGAUAGAGUGGUGUUUGCUGGGCCUUUAAGGUCAACCAUUGGUGGAUAAGUUUAUCUUUGAUGAUGUUUGAUUAAGAACUUAAAAUUCCACGUUUCCCAUAUUUGAUGCGAGGAUGGCGUGAUGUCAGACAGGAAAGCUCCCUCGCAUAUAUUCCUGAAAGGCAUAUCGCUUUCAACCCAAAGCUGUUAUGUAACUCUGGGAACUGGAAAUCAAAAGGUGUAAAUCAAAUCAAGUCGUGUAAAUUUUUGGAAACUAUCCUUUUUCCAGAAACUCCAUAUUUUCACAACAUAUGUUCUCCAGUUACGACACAUUUAGACCACCGGCGUGUGGAGGGAAAUAAAUCCUGCAGUAUCAGCGCUUACGUUACCAGAGGAGAAGUAAAGAUCAAAGAUAAAAUUAAGAGAAGGUUGUAUUUGUACAUCUUGUUUUCUGUCACGUGUUGAGGUCGGAGUUUUUGGUGUUCUGCUGCACAGAGCCUCUGCCUGCAGCUCAAACAUGUGGAGGUAAUUUCAGAUAACCGGCAGACCUGUCCAUGUGGUGCACUCACAAAGACCACAACCAUUUAAAGUUGUUUAUCUGAUGCGUUUUACUUAACAUCCUGCAUUGAUUACUUUGGUCUAAGUUUAUGAGGUUGUCCUUUUAAAUCCUCAAGAGAUUUUUUCUCUGGACCCUCAAGUGAAUCCAAAUAGAAAGUGCUCAUUAAUCUGAGACAAAACAGGCAACAUUGAGUCUUCAGUCUUGUUUCCAGCCGAUGCUCGAAGUUCAUGUUAACUCAUUGUUUAUGUUUCUACAUCAAGUACAAUGUGCUAGUUAACGUAAGGACUGAUAAGCACUUGUAACUUCAUACUUCUUUUAUCGGAGCAGCUAAUUUUACAUUUAUCAUUUUACAAUCAUAUCUUACUUUACCUUUUGCACAAACUGUUUUAUGUUAUUGGGAUGGAUUUAUAAUGUGUUUACAAAAAGUAGGAAGAAGCGGUGGUCAAAAAACUUUUUUAGUUUUAUGAAGGUGCUUUUUCCUCAAGUUUGCGAACACAAAGGGAGUAAAACUUGUUUUUUUGAAUUGUGUGGCAGGAGAAAAUCUUAAACCCAACAUUAAAUUCUCUGCAAGCAGAUUUUAGCUGGUUGAGAAACAGAUUGUGAUUCAUACUUUGUAUUCUUAUUGAGCAACAAAAGCAAAACAACCCAGACGUUUGGAGCAGGACAUGAAAUUAACUUUUAUUUGCUCACAACUUUGAAAAAGUGAUGAGCUUCAACUUUGGAAGCAUCCACAACUAUAUUAGUAUAUGCUACGACAAUAUUAGUGCAUGAUGGAGCGUUUAAUUGCAUACAAACACACUGUAACCAAGACGCAAGGGCAGUAAAUAUCAAGUACAUUACUGAUUCGAUAUGACAAAUCACACUAUGUGCUAGAGAAAGGGAAAGUUUUGCAGAUGGACAAAGUAAAGAUCAGUGCAGGAGAGAUGAAAACAUCUGACAUGGAGUGGUUUUUCUCUGUACACCUAUGAGGUCUUAUGAGGUCUAGUGGGGCAUGAACUAGACUGCUCUCUGGAGUCUCUGUUAACAGAGACAAAUUGUGACAGCUGUCUUGUUUAAAUGAUCUGUGCACAGGUUGAACCACAGGCAUUUGGAGACCAUCAUGUUACAUUUACAUUUAAAGCUACUGUUGGCCAGGAAGCCUCACCUGUAGCACAUAAAAAAAGACAAACACCAUCAGAUGGUACAGAAAUUCAGCAGAGGCAGCCGUCUCAUGACAAGCGUUUUAUAGAGAAAUUGAAAAAAAGGCACCAAAUCAAUUAUUUGCACUCACACAGGUGCUACAAGCUAGGUUAUCAACACAGUGCAGGUAGUGGAGUUAUUUUCAGAAACCAGGAGAGGGUAUUUCUUGAGAAGAUGUUGUUUAUACAUGACAGGGCGAUUCCUACAAAAUGAUUAAAUGUAAUACUUUGUCCACAGGGAGCGCCAAAAUCAGCGCAAACUCUAAGAACCUUUCCCUUUUGGUUUCCGUGAUCUAUUUAAAAAGAGAUCUUAGGGCAACAGUGCCGAAAAACAACAACUAAUAAGUGAUAUAUUGACAGCAACAGUAUGAAUGAAAUAGGACUGUACCACUGAACUAUAAACGUGGGUCAGAUAUUUCAAAUUUCUCACAGAAAAAUGAUUUCAGCUUGCACAAAUGAAGCAGCCACAGUUAGAACAGAAACAUCCUGCUUGGCUUCGACAAGCGUUGUUUCUGCCAGCAACUCUUGCCUCGAAUUUCAAACUGUUGUGUUCCAUUAUCCUAAUCAUAUUGCUGAAUGUAAACAUAGCCCUAAACAUUUAAAAAAGCCGUCUGUUGCAUGCCUUCAGUUUAAUGACCUGACAGGGUCAGCAUGGCUAUUUAGACUAAUGCUUGGUGUUUUAUUUGGUACAUGAUGUGUGCUAUAAACACAAAGGAACACUAUGAAUAAAUGCCAGCCGAGUAUUUUUACAAGUCCCCAUAUGAUGAAAGUCCUACAAGCAAUUUCAUGGUCUCCACAUAUAGUCUUUAUGAAGCUAUCACUGCUGGACAGGGUGAGCCUGUUGUUAUUUUUGUGCUUGUUUCCAUUACUCUGCUCAUUUUUAUUUAGUUGGCAUGACAUUGCAUCUAAAGUCAAGAGUUGUUGACUUUAUUUUUAUGCUGGCAAAAGGCCUCCAUGAGAAUAUACAAAUACAGAAUCAGAAAUAUAUCUUCACUCUAUGUAUGAACAGAUGAUGGUGCAUGUUUUGGAAUGGAUUUGGAAAACUAUCACCCCAAAUCCUGUGAAAAAAAUCAGAAAAGUAAUCAAAAUGUCGAAAAUGUUGAUCAUGGAUCCAGUUUCUCGGCAAAUACUCAACUCAGACUUUAUUUUCCAGUUAUCUUUCAAUCAUUUCUGAGUCAGAUAAGCUUUACUCAUCCUGCACUUGUAAAAUUCCCUCUUUCAGCUGACUGCUGAACUGUGCAGACAAACACGGGAGACUUUGAGGUCCAGUGUGGGAACCAACACCAGGAUUUACAUGCAAACAGAAGCAGCAAACACAUGCAAUACUUGCUUGAUUUUAUUUGGUCCUGUGCUGAGUCAUGCUUUUCAAAAUUUCAACAUCUGAAUGAGCCAUGCUUAGUGAUGAACUCAAGGUUUUUGGGUGGUCUUUAUUGUGAAUGAGAGACUCUGAAACCUGCAGCUAUUUUCAGGUGCUCUGCUGCACACUUUUUGAUUACAUCUCUUAAAAAUGUCGGACGACUUUGAUUUGUACUUACACUUUCAUUUUCCCUUAAUGGGCUCUAUGUACAGCUCCAAUACUUCCUGAACUUAAGGCAGCUCCUUCAUUUCCUGCCUUUUAUUUUUAGACAAACUGAUUAAUCCAGGUGUAACUGAUCACUGUGACUACUCAGGCACACCUGGAUUAACCAGUUUGUCCAAUAAUGUUAGGCAGGAAGUAAAAGAGCUGCCUCACGUUCAGGAAGUAGUGGAUUGGUGCAUGGAGCCCAUUGAAAAAGCUCAGUGUUAAAGUUGUUGAUCUCACCUCCUGAUAUCUGUCAUUUUACAGCAGCUGUAGAUGAAUCAUCACCUGACUUUGUCAUAUGUUACACACCUUUUUAUUAUGUUUUGAAGCCAAACCAUGACUCAGCAUAAUGAUCGAACUAGGUAUGACAUGAGACCUGUGCACACUAGGUAAGGACACUACUUUCACACAGCUGCUGUGACACACCAGAGCCACUGUCAGGUACAAAAUUCUGGCUUUGUUGAGAACCUGUUGUGUGGUUCAGACUUUGGUUGGUAUAAAGAAACACAUCUUUUUAAGCUGUCGCUGAACAGUUACAAAAAAAUCCAGAUUAUUAGAGUAAAUCUGAAUAAGCCAUCAUACUGUAAUAGCCAGAGUUGAUGAACUUUUUUAAUAACAGUGCUAAAUAAAAUGUCUAAGUGUUGCUAAAAAUGCAUUUUGAACUAAUGAGUAACUUUGUCGCUGUAAGAAAGCAGAGAAUUCCAAAUCAGUGCCCUGUGUCGUGUCUUUCAGUCGUGUGAGUGUGUGUUGCUCCAUGUCGAGUGUUUCUUUUGCACUAGUAUGACAGAACCUGAGCCAACACUCAUUCAUUAAAUAAGAUGUUUAUUUGAAAUGGACGGCAUUAAGCUGCAGCCGCUCCUCAGCCUUCAUGUUCACGUGCCAGCUUACAGACACUUCAUUAAUUGUCUCACUCGGUUGUCCAAACGAACGCUGGCAUCUUUCGUCUCAUUCCAAACAGCCACCUACCCUCACUGCCGUGGCUGUGUCACUUUUUCCAGCCUGAUUGUUUCAUUAGGCCAAGUCAUUUUCCAGCUGGGGUUUGGUGUAAGUGAUUUUGUUUAUAUUUUUGCAGCGUCAGUAGAAAUCAGUGCAAACUAUAAUGUGGAAACCCGCUGAGCUCCAGCUGGAGAGAAUGCAAAAUGUAUUUGUUCAUCUUAACUGUCUCUUCAGUCUGCAAGGUGUCAUUUAUGCGCUCAUACUUACCUAAAAGCAGCACCUCUUAUACAGUAUAUGAGCUGAUUUUGCUCUGCAGUCUGCAAAAUGAUAGAUCUUUAUAAAUGUGCAAGGGGAAUAUAUUUAAGAGCAUAGAUAUAAUUUGUCACUAUUAUGCUUGUUUGCUUAUGCAGUGCAUAUGAAGGCAUCAAUAUUAAUUUCAGUCUGCGAUCAUUCCCACCUGAAAACCUCACAGGAGCUGGAUCUGAAAUCUGAGUGUGUUUUUCUCGGCGUGUACACAGCUGCAGCUCAUUAAUCAUCAUAAUCGUCUGUAAUUAGUUUAUGUAUCAUUACUGGUGUUUCAACAGGCAGAAAAACCUUUAAGAACUUUAAUUUUUCUCAGUGGAGAUUUUCUUUAGUCCGUGUCACUAGAGUGAAGCCAUAAAUUUAAGGACUCAACCUCAGCUGAGAGAGUAUUUAUCAAAUCAGGCGCCUGUCAACACACAUAGCUGCUGAUGUUUAACAGUUUUCAGAUGAAGAUAAAAUCUCAAGAGGUCAAAAACGGCACCAUCUGACAUCCAUAUUUGAAAAAUUCUCUUUUGGUUUCAGUGCGUACCUCCCACAGAUUUUAAACCUCUGAGCGCUGAUGCAGGUUUAGAGAACUGGAGUCCAGUUUAUGAGCUGGGCACUUUUCUGUCUCUUUUUAACUUUCUGAAAUGAACAGACAGGACUUUGGACAGUCCAAAAUAAGGGCUGGUAAAAUUUCAAGUAGGAAACCUGAACAGCAGAUUCCAUGCUGGUCACAGAGUUUAAAUAGUUGUUUAAAUUCCUGACUCUAGUGGUUCACUGAUGUCCCCCCUUUUCAACAGUCAACGUUAAAUUAGAGAAGCUGAAACUGGUAAAAGAAGAAAUGAAUCACUUUUCAGAGCAGCUCAGGUCUUGAUAAAUAAAAUGUCCUUUUUAUACUCCACUAGGGUGUCUUUUCCCAUCUCAGCUGGUGGCUUUAUUUCCCUCCAGCAAUGUGGCUUACAGGCUUUAAUCACCUCACACCACUUGAAGUCAGCUUUCAUCAGAGAGACAAAUAUCCUUUAUUUUGUGAAUUUCUCAAACUUUGUUGAUUUCUGUUUUGCAGAGAUCAAACCUAGCGUCAUAGCUUUUUAUUACUUGUGAUGGUUUUAUCACAUUGGUUCCCACCAGAGCUCUGUUCUCUUACAAACCAUUAACCCAGUGGUGAUUUAUUGCAGCUGACAAGUUUCUUCUCUUGUUUGUAAAUACGUCUGAAUCCUCGGUUGAUUAUUUCCAGGAUUUGGUUCUUUUUUUCUUUUUAUUACUCAUCUUAUUCAAACCCAUUUUAAAAUCUCAUCUCAAAUUCAUCCUGUUCAUUUCCCAUCCCUAAAAAGUUCAGGAUGUUACCUACCAGCCAGUGAGCCGUCGCAUUACCGCUCCUGUUUUCCGUCUCCAUUUGUACAACUUGAGGGAUCUAAAAUACCCUCUUUAUUGAGGAUUUGGCUUCUCCUUUGCUGUUAUGAAAUCCUUAAGGAAAAAAGCAUGUAACAUUGCGGAUGGCACAUUAUGUCUAUCCAUAGCUUAUGCCACUGCAGCUCGGCAAUGUGGUUACAGUCCAGAACCAGCUAAUGAAAUAACUUCAUUAGAGGCCACAUGAAGUGAGCAAAAGAAGCAGAACAUUAGGCCCAGAGGAAGGUCCCUGCUUCUCUUUAGCAGACCUCUAAGGUUUCUAACUAUGUUGCAUAACAGCAUCUGCAUGGUGUUUAAGAUUUCAGGGUGUCUAAUCUUUGGGAAACUCUUACAGAACCUGAGUUAAUCUUCCUUAAGGCCUUGAGUGAUCCUGGAUCCUAGCAUCAUGCACAUACACAUUGAAAUGACUUGUAUCUCAUGCAGUUUUAUAGGCCUGACCUGCAAGGUGCUUAAAUGCUCGAGCUGCAUUGGGAUGUUGUUUUUAGCUUUCACUUUGGGCUUUAAAUAAAACCCACUCCUCUGGUCUGGAUGGCAACUGGCUGUGUUUCCACCCCUCAGAUGGUAAAUCUUGGUGUCAGAAAGGUCGGGUCAGUAGACGGGGUCAACGUCUCCGGGCGACGCUCAGCCUGUUGAAUUUACUCAUCACAUGACCUUAAAUCCAGCCGUUAUGUGGGGGGGACUGGAGGGAACUGCGCUCAGUUAGAAAUCAGUGGUUCCAGGCUGAUACAAAUCUGUGUGGGAAUGCAAUCAGGCGUGGGGACAUUUAAUGGGUACACUGACUGUCUGAGAGCAGGAUCGUUCAGUUCUGAUCAGGUCAGGCAUGAUGACAAGAUCGCCGCACAUUUAUCUUGCUGAUUUCGAGCAAGGAUGACAACCAACUGUUCCUUUGGUGAAUGUUCCUGUUGGCCAAGUGCUGCAUAAUUCAAAUUGAACAAAAGACUUCCUAGUCGACAAUCAGGUUGUAUUUUUUGGCCACUUUUCUUAAGAAGAAAAGAUCAUCUACAACUCCUUUUCUAUAAGAGUUGCGAUGCCUUGUAAGGCCUAUAUUUAAUAAAAAAUAGUGCAAAGUAAACAUAUCAAAUGUUACACAAAUGAAAAAUAUGUGUGUCGUAUAUAUUCUUUGCAACAUGUUUUAAAACAGUUUUUACUGUUUUGUUGAUCACAGAGAAAAAACACAAACUUUCAAGGCCAGGACCAAUUUCAGACUGUUCCCAAACUCUGCCAACUUGAAACCACUCUCCUGUUUUUGCACAUUUCAGAUGGCUGGAUGUAAGCGUAGCCAACCUGACCUGCUCCACAUACUGGGUUGUGUACCUGCAAGUCAUCCAGGAGGCGGUGUGGCCCGGAGGAACCCUCCCUAACGAGCCUCACCCUGAACGCAGCCAGCAGGAGAAGGAUGACACAAGGCAGCAAGCUUUACAGUGUCUGAUGAGACUCCUACCAGGUACAGAAGGAAAACAUCAGUCUCUGACAAACCAAUCUGCUGCCAGGUUUUAUGGUUUUGUUGUAAAUUAGCCCUCAAAUUUUAUUAUCAAGGUACAGUGCUUACUCUGUUUUAUAAUAAUGGGAGAAAGUUACACUCUUUAACCCACUGUUGUAUAACUUUAAUUUUCUUUGUCUUUCUAGAUCUUGUCUCAGAUAUGUUGGGCUCAGACAAAUACAAACUCAGCUGGCAGACUGCGCUGGACUCCCUUCAAGACCCUCACAUAAACAGGUGAAUGCUCUCAGUGCUCUUCAUGGUAGAUUUGGAUUUGUGACUGUCUUUGACUCUUAACCCGCUCCAAUCAGAAAUAAAGCAAAGUCCCCAAACUAGUUCAGGCAGUCAACUAAAGCUGCAGUGAUCCCACACAUGACAAGUGUCACAUGACAAACACACUUUCAGUCUGAUGCUCUAUCCAAGGAAUAUUCCGGGGUAAAAUUAAGUUAGGGUCAAACACAUCGUAAUACUGAUUGAGACACCCCCUUGAGAGAUGAAUGUUGCCGAUCGCUUGCUUCUCUAGUUAUACCAACUUUAGUAACGACUGCAGAUAGCAAUACACAGCGGUCUGAGGAGCCACGUGCUCAACCUCAACGCCACUCUAUAGCCACAAAUAAUGCUCAGAACAGCACUUAACUUCAUCAACAGUACAUAUAGGGUCCUAGCCACAGCACUAGCUACCAAACAUCUUUUUAACUUUGCCUAAUUUCUUUAGCAAAGAGACUAAACACAAUACUCUCUUCCAGUAGCCGCUUGUUUGUACGGCGAGGUGAGUAAGGUGAGUCCAUUGACUGCAGUGGAGUGACGCAGCUCAAGGAAGAACAUUUAUGAUCAUUUCUUCAUGGAAAUGCAAUCAGACCGAGACGCUAAGGCAGAAGAACUACUGUGUGUGUGGUGCAAAAUGGUUACUAUGGUGAUUAUUAGGAAUUAUUAUUAUUAGGAAAUAAUAAAGUAAUGAUCAUAAAUGUUCUUCCUUGAGCUGCGUCACCCCGCAGCAGUCCAUAAUGGACUGGCCCGAGGUCGGGCUACAGACAAGCGGCUGCUGAAGGAGAGUGGGUGAGUUGUGUUUAGUCUCUUUGUUAAAAAAAUUAGGCAAAGCUUAAAAGAUGUUUGGUGGCUACUGCUGUGGCUGGGACCCUAUAUGUAUGUUGAUGAAGUUAGGUGUUUUGGUUGAGGUUUGUUUAUGGCUCCUCUGUGUAUUGCUAUCAUGUGGUCAUUACUAAAGUUGGUAUAACUAGAGAAGUAAGCAGUCUGCAACAUCAUCUCUGUCUAACUCGGUGUUACGGUGUGUUUGACCCUAAAUUAAUUUUAUGCCAGAGUAUCCCUUCAAGGCUGCAAGAUUUCCUUUCUCUGUCUCUGCUGCCUUGCUCAAGUGCUGUCCUCACAUUUUCACCCCAGCAUCCAUCUGCAGGCCUCGACUUGAAGGUGUAAGAUUUUGUCUCAUAACUCUUUGAUUUCUGCGUGUGAAAGUAAAACAAAACCAAUGUGAAAAGUGGCGUAUAAUUUCCUGGCCCUGUUUGGUUAGCAUGCGACAUUUAUGAAUUAGUCCCAAGGUAAUCUAAAACUUCUCUGGUCUUCAGGUUUGGGGAUUUUCUGUCGUCAAUGUUUUCGUUCUCUCAGAACUUGCUUUCAGAAGUCAAACCUGCCAGGAAUUUAGUCACAACUGAAUUCAAAGAUGGAUUCCUGCUGCUUUUUGAUAUUUGUAACCACCCUCCUCUGGCCUAUAUUCUCCUCUCGAAUGCCUUUGACUGCAUGUGUUUUUGCUCAUCACCUCCUUCUCAGAAAAUGCUCCUACAAUGUAGGUCAAAAACCAGGAGGAAUGUGUUUCUGUUGGACAAAGCACCUCUAGCACAAUGAUGUCACCACACCAAAGCUCACUGGUCAUGUCGGCUCUGAAAGUUAAAUAUUACCUGAUGGUCCUGUCAAGUCUGCCUGGAUGUUUUAUCUGUCCAGGUCCACAUGCUGAGCUGUCUUUUUUUAAACCAGCAGGUGUAUCGAAUCAAACGGUCAGGGUUUGUUCGUGCUCAGAUGCACUCAGGCAUGAAAAGCGGCUCACCUGGAUUCAUACAGUGUGGGCUAAUUUCUUUACCAAACAAGGUCAAAGUAAACAACAUCCUGAAGGUUCACAGAUGCAGAAAAGAACUCUCAUUGGAAGAAGUCUGCUUCUCGCAAUGUAGAGUUCAGACGUCAGAAACAGAGUUACAGACAGAAAUGAGGAAAACUUGACACGGAAAAUUCAAAAAACUUGACUUGAGUUAAGACAUUUAUUUUUUUUUUUGUACUUGGAGGGAGAGUUUAAAAUUUUCAAUUUCCUCCACACCAUUCACCGCUUUGGUCUCUUUUUUUACACACCCUUUUGGUCUAUAUGACUGAAAGGUACAUAAUGCAGUGUUUUUCUUUAGUUCUCUUAACUAAUUUUAGAUUCCUAUUUUAGUAUUAUUUUAUGUGACUGUGAUCACAUAUACGGCUCCUAAAAUUGGCACUGUGUUGUAGAGCUGAACGACUAUUAUUCAGCUAUUGCAGUGCCUGUGGAGUAGUCACAUCAGGACAUGCAGUGUCAGUCAUAUGACCUGAAAUACAUCAUGCUAAAAACACGUCCUUGUAUUCAUGAUUGAUCUUAAAAAAGUCAGUUUUCAAUCAUUUUUCUACAACUUUUCUCUCUUUUUUCGCUCAAAUAUGGACUGUUCACCAGACUUUGUAGAGUCUGCUUUCAGCUUCCACACCUGCAGCAGGUGUCCAGUGUAGUCUUUUAAAAAUCAUCUGCAGAAGAAGAAGAAGAAGGAGCAGAUUAUUGUCACGCCUCUAAGUUAUUAUCACAGCAUCACUAGUUUUUUUUAGCCCCACUGUUAGCAGUUCUGCUCCCCUGGCUCAUGAAACCAUCUUUGUUUUUGAAGCCCUGCAGUGUGCACACUCUCUUUUUCUGUUUCUUCAUAUCUGUGACACUUCUACUUGACCCAGCACCUGUCCUCUUUGGCUUUAGAAGUGCAUACUCCUUAAAAUUUUAUCACCUUCUUAAAAAAAACCCUCAAAACUAAGCAAGUCAUUUGAUAUACUUCUAUUUUUUAAAAAUCUCAUUAAACUUGUUUUAAGCUACAUUCACCUUCCAAAUGCAGAUACAGGUUUUAUUCUAAAGCAUCAACAGUAAGAAAUAAAUCUCUUUGCUGGUUCCAGUGGAGUGGAAAAUUUGACCUUUUUAAGUUUCUUUUCACAAGAACAAUGUCCUAAUUUUAGGUUAGUUUUGCUCACCCAACAUGCAGGUUUUUCAUCAGCAACAACACUGUAAAAACUGAAAUCCUAGCAGGCAUUUUUACCUUAUUGAAAAUAUCUUAUUGGCUUUAAUUUGAGCCACACUCACCUGACAAGUCCAGAAAAACGUCUCAUUUUGAGAUAUUACUCACCAAAGUGAAGACCUGAAUAAUGAGAAAGAAAAAGCUGCCAAAGGAAUAAAUGAAAAAUUACUUUUCAAGUUCUUGAAAUGAGACAAAUUUAUUUCACGACUUUGACAAGUAUGACUUAUUCCUUUGGCAGAUUCUCAUUGUGAGUAAUUCAGUGGCUUAAAUCAGAGUUUUUGUAGGGUGUUUUUUUUUUUUUUUGUGGGUGAUCUCCUCAUCUAGUCUAAUGAGCAUAAAAUACUGAUGAAGCUGCUGACUGCUGGUUCUGUGCUCUGACAGACACCUGGUCUACUGCAUAUUUGAUCUCUUACUGGAGUUCCUGGUUCCUGAAAUACCUGAGGAGGACUUCCAGAGAAGCCUUUUACAGACCCUUUCCAAGAACCCUGAGAAGUUGCUGGCAUGAAGGGGACACCCUGUCAUCUGGGAAAUCCUGCGAAUCCAGCUUACUUCAUCCUUACUGAUCAUUCCCACCGAAGGUUUAACGGUAAAAAGAAGGAGGCUGUUGUAAUGUGUCGUGAGAGUGUAAGUGAAUGUUUGAUGUUAGACUCUGUUUUCACUUUGACUCUGUUGUUCAAAGAGUUUAUCUGGAUAGUAACAAUCCGGUUUAGGGGAUUGACUGUUUUUGCUCUCCAAAAUCUGGUAACCUGGUGCACUUUGACCCUGAAUUGGAUUUGAGUCAUGCAAAAUAAUCACCAAAUACAGAUAACUACUGCUCUGAACUGGAUUUAUUUCCCAUGGUAUACUUUGUCCACAGGGAGCGCCAAAGUCAAACAAACCAAAAGAAAUUAACCAAAACGUGCUUCAUAAAAAUGUUUGCAUUUGACGGUAAAUUCAUUUGUUUCAUCUCUAAUGGCGAAAACUUAUUUAUCUUUACAUUUCUCAUUCCUAUUUUAUCAACAAUGUCACCAUGGCGAUCCAGCACUUUGAGAGAUUAUUUGAAUCAGUACAAAAUGAUCAUAAAAAUGUUGUUUUGUUUGACCUACUAGAAAAAGUUCUUGCGCUUAGUUCUGCAGCCCAGCAUGAAUUCACCCCUCUGCUGAGAACAGGUUAAACCCCGUUUUUACACCAAAGAUGUCCCCAAUCAACUCCGAAGGUUUGAACCCAAUUUAGAGGUUAUAUCCUGAUUGAACAAGGAUGGAUCGCCUGAUCUUAUCCAAUUUUUUUUGUAAUUUGAUCCAAUUCAAAAGCCUUAAUCUGAUGAGAUUAUUACCCCCCUGUCUUUUGUUGCUGUACUGAAACUCAAAGCUCUUGAACAUGGUGUCCUGUAAGCACAAACACUCUAACACAGCCUACAUUGGAAGCAGCUUUGAUUACACGAAAGCACCUGGUUCGUGUUAUAUCUCGUCUGACGUGCUCUUCGCAACCAAACAUGUGGCAAAUCCUCGCCUGAUCUCCACUUCCAGCUUCUUCCUGCCUCCUAAACUCCCCGGCUCCCACUAAACUCACUUCAGAUGGUCCUCACACUCUGUCCUCAAUCCACACCUGUUGCUUUACUCUGGAGAAGCAGCGUUUCCCCUUAACUUAAAUCUCAGAAUGCGCUCUUGGGGUUUAGCAUCACUGUUUCUGCUCUCUGCUGAGCCGUCCCUCUGUAUCCCACAGGCCUUAGUAUAGAACCACACAUGUGAGUCUAGCACAAUGUGAGCCAUACUUCCUAAACCUGAGCUGUCCAGAGGGACGGCUCUUAUGUCUCUGGUAGUGAUUUUAACCUACAGAUCCAAACACAGGAAAGUACAUCCUGUAGUGUACUGUGGUGAAGAGCUGUCCAUGAGACAUUUUACUGGCUUCUCAGAAACGUCACAGUUUCUUUAACAGGUCCCUCUGGGAAUUAUCUGUGUAGUUAAUGUCUAUAUUUUAUAGGAAGUUGGCUCCACAAAAGCAGCUAUAUGAAGAAUGAAGGAAGGUUUUGGCUUUGGUCCAUCCUGGGAGAGGUUUUGUUGGUCUCUGUAAAACAGUUUCUGGAGUCUCAGUGUCUUUAAGAUCAAUUAUCUGUGAUAGGCGAAGUAGCAGAGUUAAAUCUUGGGAUAUUGCAGAGAAGCAUUUCUCCUCAUUUAUUUUAAAGAUAAUAACCUACAGCUCGGUUUGCACAGGCUGUCAGUGUGCAGGAAAUCUGCCGAGUUAAGCCGGCACGAGAAGAAGUAUAACAUUGAAGAUAUGAAGUGCUACGAAUGUGCGGAUGUUAAAGGGAGCAUAUAAGCCAUAACUCGCAGUUCCUGUGUGUUUUUGUUGUCAGGCAUAUCCUGCACAGUAUGUUUGUACCAUGUUGUUACUCUCUGCCCUCGAUUAGUUCAAGCAGAAGUCUUAUUCUUGUUUUCACUCAGCUGCUAGCUCAUCUCCCAGUCCCCAUCAGGUGUGUAAGUGUCUCACGAUAUUCAUUUUUAUUAUUCUUGGUUUGGACAGCGCAGCUCCAGCAGUAUUCAGUAAAAGAUCGAACCAGUCGUGUCACUGUUACUGUCAACUUCUCAUUAACAUCUCGUUUAACUCACCUCAGACCUCUGCUGCCCUGCUUUCAGUGAGGUGUGUCAUCCCUGUGUUGCCUCAUUCCCUUUGAACACAAUGUUAAAGAUAUUUCUGCACUUUGAAAAUCUACCUUAGUGUCUUUUGCCUUCGUCCUGGGAACAUAAAAAUCAGAGAUUAUAAUCAGAGAGUUUAAUAGAAGCAGUGAAAUACCACUGUCCUUAAUCUUAAUAUAAUAUAAUAUGAACAUUUAUCUAUCAAAGCUACCAGUCACCUGAAUGUCUCAGAAUAAUGUUUGGCUCAUCUUCAGUUGCACUAGAGGAAAAAUCAUGAUGUCGUCUUGACUAAAUUAGAGUUUCUCAAUUGUUUUUGUGAGAUUUUAAGGCUCAAAAAUGUCACAAAUCCAGUUUUAAAAGGUCAUAAUUUCAACUGAACUACUACCUAUUUUCAGAGUUAAUCUCUUGCACUAAGAAAGCAACUUCAAAAGAACCGUGGAGACCAAAACAUGCAGUAUUCUCCCAUUUUACAUACUUAGAAAAUCAAAUAUGUCGCCAAAUAAAGUUGAUUUUGCAUUUUCUUUUGUGUUUCUGAGAAAUGUUAAAUUCAGAUAUGAAGUAAAGAAUGAAGUCCUGUCUUAAUAUUCAUGUCAUUCCAGUGUUUUGGUAUAAUUGUUGUCUUAAAACGGCCCAGACUCCUUGUGAUUCAACCUAUUUAUUGAUCUAUUUAUUUGAUUAAUUCCCUUGAAGACGGCUUUGAGUGAGCGAGGAGUUUACAGAGAGGCCUGUCCUCUGUCAAAUGAAGUGCUUGAAUCAUGAUUUUGUCUUAACGGUGAUUUGAUGAAGUUUGUUCUGCAGCCUUUCCACUCAUCUCCAGCUCUCUGUGUCAGACUGAGCUUUAAUGGUUAAAGUAUUUGUUGUGAAGAAGUUGUAAGGUUUAUAUUUGAUUGUUUGCUGUCUGUUAGUGCCACUGUUACACCAAAUAUUAGCACUUAAUAUCAUUAGAAACAGAUCUUGUCCAUGUUAUGGUGUGUUUGUCACCUCAUUAAGGUACUUCUUUAUUAUUUAUGACUUAAAACUUUCUGGUUGUUACACAAACUCACUUCAUUUCAUUAACACAUGAUGUAUCCUACCAUCCAUACAGGUUUAAAGGCCGACUUUGAGCCCACAAGUACCAGCCAAUCACAGGGCAACAGAGGGUUAAAUACUUAUCGUCUGUAUAAUAGGAUGAAUCCCCACAGCACUUAGUUGAUCAAUCUGGUAUCACUUUAAAACUCAUGCAUUUAUGUAAACUGCUUUUAUUCCUACUAAUAUAAUCCUCCAAAUAUUUGUGUUCCUAAAAACUCCUGAAAACUACAAAACAACUUCAAUCAUUUUGAAAUGAAGGACACAUUAUCCUGUCAAACUUUUAUUCGUAUUAAUUUCUUCACUAAUUUAUACAAAUAGCUUGAAAUACAAACCUGUGUUCCUCAUGGCUACUUUUAAUUUUAGAGUUGAAGUUCUUUAUUGAUUCAGAACUAUUAUAAUCCUGGACAGAUGUUGUCUAAUUACUUAAAGGUCUCAGAGGGAAACAAGCCGUAUUUCUGCAUAAGUGUGUGAUUUAACGGGAUCUCUUGAAAACUGACCCACCAUCUCUCUAUAUCACAGCAUACAGUAUAUUGAUAAACAUGGUCAUGGUAUUUUUAAACAUUUUUGUUCUCAUCAAAACCUUCAUGCGUCAAUAACCAGAAAGUUUGAGCACAAAACGUCUCCAUAGACUAGUUAAAGGAUCUGGUAAAAGUAAAUCAUAUUUCUUUUCUUUUCUUUUCCUUUCAGAUGGAAAUGUUUGUAACAGUGGCAUCAGUAUACAACUGUACAUAUUUAUUUAACAUAUUUCAAUAUGUCACGUGGUUCAUGUAAAUACAGCACUGUGCUUUUUGUCUUAUAACUUCUCUAAAGUUGUAAUUGUAGCAGCAAAUGUUUCCUAGAGAGUAAAAGUAGACACUGAAACCUUAUCUCUUGUACAAACGUUCAUAUAUGAAACUGAAUCCUGUUUUCUGUCUUCUUUGCACUCUUCUUUUACUUUCCCAGUUUUGUUUCCUCUCAGCUCACGUGUCAGCUGUUUUUCUGGUAAACAUGUAAAACUGUGUUGUGCAUGUAAGCCUGUGAAUCUGUCUUUUACAAACCUUCGCUGGUCGUUCCUGUGCAUAUUUACACUGAAGAAAACAAUAAAGUUACAAAACAUGAGUUAUUAAAUCUCUUA